CGGUGUUCGUCAAUCACGGUUGUCUGUGUCAUAACAUCGUUCCGAAAACAAUAUUUUAUAAUAUUAUAAUGCACGUAAAUACGAGAUAAUCGCUGAUCGAGUGUUGAAGUUUUGAAGAAAAGAAAGUAUCCAAAUAAUGUAAAAUUCCUUAUUUGUUUUUUUUUUUAAUUUUUUUUUUUUCAUUGUUUUUUUCCGUUAACCGUUUGUUUGUUUGUUUAUUAUAGUACGCGGGUAUACGUACACACGGUACACGAUAUUAUACGUUUUAAAAAUAAAUAAUAUUACAGUGAAAUGUGCUGAUUGUACGAAACGGCGAGCUUAAAAAACGCCCGAGCAAACGAACGUACGCGCGAUAUAUAAUUGUCGUACCUGCAAACGUAAGUACAACCGGUGUAUAUUUAUAAUAUUUAUUAUUUAUUUCGUUAGGCCGCCGAUUAGUGGAACCGCACGCGACACGAAGCGUAUUUUGACACGCGGUUACUUUUUAUAAUAAUAUUAUUUCAAUUAUUUGACCGUGAACGCGAUAAAUAACUUGCACUAAUAUUAUUACAAACAAGUCGGAUAGUGUUCAAAUAAUAAUUGUACUAAUAAUAAUAAUGUAUACGGGGAAAGAGCGACCCGUAACGAAACGUCCGCACUAACGUGACAAAUAAUAACAUCGUAAACAAACAAAGGAGAAAACGAACACAAACAUAAAACUAGUAACAAUUCUCCGUUGUUAUACUUAUGCUAUAACGUCACCGUUUAAACGCGCCGGUGCUUUGACGUUAUAUUAACAAUGUGUGUGUUUCGGAGGGGAGGGGGAGGGAAGGAUUUCGGUUAGGGUUUUCCGAAUAUUUUCUCCGAUUUCGUAAAAUGUCCACGUUUUAACGGGCCACGCAUAGUUGUCUUUUCCGCGGAUCUACUGUCCGAUAUCCGAUUACGGGAAAAUGGUCGAUUUUACUGGGACGGAUGUGACGUUUCAGACCGAAAAGCCCGCAGAUAUAACAGCGGGAAUUGCGUUGGUGGGAUUUCAAUUGCAUGAACGUACUAUGGUUAUUUAUGUUUUUCGCUGUAGACACAUUGGAAAUCGGAAUUGUCUGUUUAGUUUUUAAUUCUCCGUAUGAUAAUUACGUAAAAUGCGAAAUACUAUUUAAAUAUAUUUUUAAUAAAAAGUAUUAAGUCGGAUUCAGUAAAAUAAUUGAAUUUCUAUUUCCAACAUAGUCAUUCUAGUAAAGACCCUAAGGAUCAUAUUAUAAUUCAUUUUCAAAAUUGAAAUCUAGCAAACACAAUUUCUGCAGUUUGUUUUGGGAUUAAGGUGAAUCUAAAUCUACCAAAAUAUAUACCAUCACCAAUCUCCUUAAAACGUUUUAUUACACAAGCACCAAUUUUUAUCAAAUCAAUAGUAUUUUAUCAAUUUACCACCUAACUAAUUUACCCCGCAACACGUUUACAAAUCGAAUAAAUUUGUUUGUGAAUUUUAAUGGGUUUUUUUUUUUUUUUUUUUGAUGCAUGCAGUAAACUUCAUUAAUUGUGUUAAAUUCUUAAAUAUUAUAAAGUUACACAGAACGAACGUGUUCUAGUUCGCAUUAGUGUGAAACAUCCGCGCAUGAUGUAGUCAGGUAUACCUACACCGAGUAACAGAUAAUUAUUAUUAUUAAGUAUUUAACUACUUUCCAAAUAGGUACGAAUAACUUUUUUUUUUCUGAUUAUAUUUUCCAAAUUAAAUCAAAAUAAGUGAAAUACUUUACGAACAAAUAAUAAAAGAUAAACAAUCAAAUUUUAUCGUUUUUAUUGAAUUGCGAAACACGUGUGUCUAUGUCAAAAAAAAAAAAUACUGUAUAGGCAACGUUAUAUUAUUUUGUGUACACUGUACAACAUAAUUGUUUAGAGAAAAAUAAAAUUAAAAAAAAAAAAAAUACUUAACCUUUCUCUAGAUAAUAUACAGCGGCACAGAAACGAAGAACGCUGAUUAGGUUUUUUUUCUCUAUAAUGAAUCUAUUUCGUAUACUUGUCGGGUUUUGAUCGGUUUUUUUUUUUCUACGUUUAUGUCGCGGUGGAAGAAACGUAUUUCGGCGGCAUCCUUUGGUGAACGCACGUGCAUUCCAAUAUUAUUCUAUAAUACCUAUACGAUUAUCUUUAUUGAAUUCAUUAAUAAUAAUCGUUACAGGUACAUGCGGUUUCGAGUGUAAUAAUAAUAUACGUAUUUUAUAAUGCUAAUUACUCGCCCAAAAUCCUAAACUUUUCGAAAAUGUACACUAUAAUCACUAUUACGGCAGGGACGUGUUUAAGGGUUGGAGGAGGCCUUUGACCCGGGUGGCUCAUUUCAAGGGGGAUGUUAUAAUUUAUUAAGACGCGGUGAAAUAGGUUGUAAUUAUAUAUAUAUAUAUAUAAUAUAAUAUAUUGAAUCUAUCCCACAGCUUACACUCACUCAACGGGGCUUCAAAUAAUGUGUUUUAGAGUUGACAAAGUGAUGCGCAGUACAAAAUGUAUAGAGUAUACAGCUCAAAAUGUCAGUGUAGUAAAAAAAAAAAAAUAGUCCAUAAUUUUCAGCUAAAAGCACUACAAUAAGAACGCUUGAAAAUGUAAAUGUGUCUCUGUAGUACGGUGUAUGAAUAAUAUGAUUAUUAUAUUAUUAUCAGGGCUUGGGACUUACGCACUUGAAAUGCACGAAAAGUGACCAAAAACUUAAAAAGAAGCCCUGAAAUAGUACAAUGUUUUUAAAAGACCCACCACUAACGGCUCUAACUUAUGAAAUACAAUUUCCCAAUGCUAUACAAAAAUGUUUGACACACGAUUUUAAAUAAAACAGUAAAUAUUUAUAAAAAAAAAAUAUAUUUUGUGUUAGUCGUUUUUUUAGAGUUAAUAAAUCCAAUUUAAUGGCUAGAGCCGUUAUGGAAGGCGUAGGAAUGUGACACCCCUUGAGCGCUCUGUCGCUUUUUAAAAUAUUUUUCAAGACUCUUUUAGCGUUUUUAUGCGGAUUUAGAAUUCAUGAAUUCCCCUAGCCCUGUUUAUUAUCGUCACGCCGACGACAAGAGAGAGACAAAAUAUGUACCAUUAUUCCUCUACCACGAUUACAAAGCGCGAUAACAUUAUUAUUAUGACUUGUUAGGAAAAUCGUUUGCGAUUGACGCUUCCGGUUUUCGAGUUGCGUAAUAAUGUGCGCGUGGCGUCCUCUUCACUCCCCGGCGACGUAUUUAAAAACCUUAUCCAAAUUCGACUCGACCGGUGUUGGUUUUAGGUUUACACUCGGGACGAGCACCGUUCACAAGGUAGGGGAGAGAGAUUUGGGAUUAUAACACCCCUUCGAUACUAUGUGAGUAUUUAUUUGGGAAUGACAUAUUAAAACGAUAUAUUGCUGCCAAAUAUCUAAAUAAUAAAGAAAAGCUCGAUGUGUGGAAUAUGAGAGUUGUAAGCUUUCAUAUUGUUUAUUACUUAUGCUUCCGCUCCAGUCAAACAUUCCUAGGCACGCCACCGCUUUGUGGCACUCGAGAUUUCCUCGGAGCGUCAUCGGAUUUGGAUCGACACGACGAUUAGGUUAUUUCAUGUAAAACUGCUCAAAGUCAACUCGACGGACGUUUCAGCUCGGGACAUUUUAAAUGCGUAAUCGCAAUAAUUAAUACCAAAUAUUACGAUUGCGACGGCGGCGCAAUAAUAAUGAUGAUAAUCGUGUUUCGGAGAUCUCGCAGUUUCUUUUUUUUUUUUUUCGAGUAUACUUACGUCUUACAUAUUAUAAUAAUAUAGUGUAUUUAGUACCGUAUGUAUAGUGGAUCUGCGGCGGGUUAUCGCGGCAAUAACAUCUUUCGGACCGAAGUGGCCGCUCGUUUCGUAUUAUGUAUACCUACGUAUAGUGGUCGUAUUAUUAUAUACAGGGUGAUCAGAAUUUUGUGUUACAUCAAUUUCCUCAUACAAUUAUACAUAAACCAUAGACAAAUCUUACGCUGUUAAAUAACCGUAUUCAUCGGUAUUAUCAAAAAUUAUACGUGGAUUUAAAAUGUUCGGACAACCCGGUCGGGAAGAUCGGCUUUGCAAAUUCAAAAACGCGUGCGUGCGCUAUGCACAGUUUAAAAAAUCUUAAAAAUCACUCUCGGGCAACAGGUUUUUAGACCGCUGAAAUUCACAAAAAAAAAAAAAUAAAUAAAAAUAUAUAUCUUCAAAUGAUGUUUGCAAAACAAAACUGUAGAUUCUCGUUAGGAACUGUGUACGUUUCACUGUGGAACACGACAUUUCCACCGUACACUUCACUCUAUAUUUUUUGUUCAUCUAUGCGGGGAAAAUACUAUAGUAUACGGUUCUGAUCACCCUGUAUGUAUGUAACAUCGUCGCCGUCGUCGUCGUAUCGAAUGUCUCCUGGACCCGGCGUGUAGUCGUACUACGGUUACACGCACUACUAUAUACACCUUUUAACAGGUGGACAGGUGGGCCCAUAACGCGGCGGCGGCGGCGGCUGUGGCGGCGAUGACCCGGUCCGCGUUACGAGUAUGUGGAAUUCGAACGAACCGGGUCGGAAAAAAAUAAUGUAAACCGAGAUUUUUAUUCCGAACGCGCGCCACGCCCGCCCAUCCCCCCCCGCCUCCCUACACAGAAGGGCACAAUAUAAAUAAAUAUAAAAUAUAUAUAUAUAUAUAUACCUAUAUAGAUUAUACAAUAAUAAUAAAAAUAAAAAAAAAAAUAAAAAAAAAUGAUAAUAAUAAUAAAAACCGCAAAACGACUUGUACACGCGGCGGCGGUGGCGUCGUUGUCACAACCUACCGGUAUAUUAUCACGCGCAAGCCUACACGGGUAUCUAUACCGGCGGCGCGGCGGCCGCGGUACUGCGCUGUUAUACACACGCCACGCCGCGAGUGCGCGCCGGACGCGCGGGAAUCGCUCAGUUGCGCGCCACCGCCGCGUCUUCUCGCGUACACCCGACGAUCAUCCGGUCGGAGGGUCGUGCGCGUGCGUACGACACGCGGCGAUAAUCCCUGUAAUUACCGCGUCUCCGAGAAGAUGCCCCGGCGUACCGCGCUCGUACCCGUGUACCUGUACCUGUAAUCACGUGCGAUACGGUUUUGUGACCGCGGCGACCGCGUCACCGCACGGUCCGGUCCGCCGUCGGCCGCGGCGAUACGGUCGGCCGGACGUUCGGUCCGCGCUCCGCCGCCGCGGCCGGGAGCGUCCGUCAGCGGAUCACGGGGGGCGCGCGCGCACGCGCAUGCCGCGCGCGCGCGCCCGCAGACGGCGUAACAUUAUUGCCGGGCGUACACCACAACGACCGCGUCAUUAGCUCCGGAGAGACGACGGACGGCCGCGCGGCGUCACCCGACAACAAAGCGGAAUACCUCUAACGCACCCUCGGCGCGGACGGACGGUCGGAGCACGGCGUGCGCGUACAAUACCAUCCCACAACGCGCGAUCCGAAGUGCCCGUACCCGUGGCGGACCGCGACUUCGGCGGCGAAGACGGCGCGGCGUGACGAGGAGAUUCCCGGCUGCGGCGGCCGCAAGACGCAUGAAUAGAACGCCCGGUUCCUGUGUGCGGCUGCGGCCCGGGUGUUGUGAGAACCGACGACGAAGACGAUUUUCGUUAUUAUUGUACUAUCUUAUAUAUAUAUAUAUAUAUGUAUAUAUACAUAUAUAUGGGUACUUUUUCCUCGCCGUUUUACGUCGUAAAUAUUAUUAUAGAUAAUAGAAUAUACGCUAUACGAUCGGCCAUCCGACUCGGGAUCCGUAUUUCUUUUUUUCCUCUCGCUCUCCCAAUACUGUACGUUAUUUACAAAAAAAAAAAAAAGAAAUAUAAUUAUCUAUAUUUGGUGUGUUAUGUCUAUUUUUAUGUAUGGAAACUAAACUAUACGCGGACACAAUGGGGGGCAAAAGAGAAGACGAAGAAAAAUAUAUGAGAAUAGGUUUACUAAUUGCUUUUGAAAUAUUGCGGUAAUGAAGGAGGACGCUGUAUGGCUUGGUGUAGCACCAAGAAAGUCAACAACAAUUGGAGUAUUUGAAACGUGGUGCUGGAAAAGAGCUCUGCGAAUCGCAUGGACAGAGAGAAUAAUGAAUUCGCGAGAUAGACACGCCGAAGUCAAUAUUGAACACGUUUAGGGGAAAUAAAAAUAAGUCGUAUAGGACAUUAGAGAACAACAAAGAACAACGUCUGAGUGUGGACGAUGAUCGAAAGAAGAAUCGAUAGAAAGACUAAGACGCCGUCUGCAAAGCAAGAGACGGAAAACGCCGAAAUAAAUACAUGUACAAAGUUUAAAAGAGAAGUAAGCGAUAGGGAUAGAUGAUGAAGUAUCAAUCAAUUUUAGGAUAGAUAAAAUAAAAAGGAGAAUGCUAAUAAAUAUCUAGCUAGAGCCGUAUGACUAUUAAUGAGAAAAUGUUACGAAAAUCUGAAGAAACAAGAUGCUAAUAGGCACUAAAAACUUUAUAACAAAGAAAGUCCAAAACGUUAGGAUACACGAUUCACCACAAGUUGAAUAGUUUGUAGAAAUUGUAAAAGAAGAAACGUUAUUACAGUCUUUUGUAACAUUGCGUUUUGGUGGUAGCCAAGGGAACCCAAAUUCAAAAAUAUGAAAAAAUGCAAAAAACAAAUCUCCACGUAAAAGCAAUUGAAAUAUUUAAAAAAUCCGACUUGAAGAUAUUCGAACCAGGUGUAUCGUCGUAUAUUUUAUUGUUAUACCUACAUUUUUUUUUUUUGGAAAUACAGCUGGUUGUCUACAAAAAUUGUUCAAACAAAAUGUACCACGGGGUAGUGACCCCCAAAUGUUUUCAUUAAAUACGUACAGCGUGGUGUGAAUGAUUCAGCGGAUUUUUUAAUUACCAAAUCGAAAAAGUUUUUUCCCAGAAAAAACCACAUCUCGGCAAAGCGAAAUAGCAUCCUGUUUUAAAUCUGAAAGUAAAAAUAAUAAUUAUCCUGCGACGACGCCAAACGAAACCGCUACUCGUUCUGUGUUUCCGUGAAACGUGCGCGCGCGUAUACGCAUUACAGCUACACGGUAGAUGCCUACGUAAAAUAUUACGUUAUUUCUGGCGAUGGCAAAACAUCGGUCUGCAGUGUGCCCAUAGUACUUGAGCUGUAAUUGAUCGAUUAAACACGUAUCGAGUUUCCUGUAUACGCGUUUUCUACCGAAUUUUAUUAUUACAGGCGUAUUCGUCGUGUUACCGGCAUUCUAAACACAUUUCUCCCCGCAGUCACUACGUAUACAGAGUGAACAACAUAACGUAAGCCACUCAUUAUCUCGCGAAAUAUUAUCAAGCAACUCUGAAACAUUACCGUUGUUCAUCGUCACCCUUAUUCGUGGGAGUGAGAGCACUGUACUUACUUUUGAUUUUUAAAUAGCAACCGAUUUUAAUUGGAUCAAAUUCCAAUUUAUGGAUUUAAAAACCUCGGUCGUGUAGUAUUUCAGAGCUGUUUGUCAACAUUUCCCAGAUAAUGAUUGUCUUACGUUAUGUUGACCACCCUGUACACUAAUGAUCGCGAGCUGCGCACCACACACAAGACAAUGAAUAAUAUUCUCGUGUAUAUAGAAUGCACUCGAACGUUUUUAUUUUACUUUUUUCUUUUUUUUUUUUUUUACUGCAUCUGUGACGUACCUACUCGUAUUUAUUUGUGUAUAGGUACUCAAAGCUACAAAUCCUUGAAAUAUAGAAAUACAUAACGAAUACAGUAAAUACGGAAUUUUAUUAUUAUUUUUUUUUUUUUUCUAACACUCCAGUAAUCCGUUUGAUUCACGGUAAUAACGCGCAACACCACGCCGUAAUAUGACUAUUGAACGGAUAUUUAGCUAUUAAAUCCUAAAUUAAUAUACGAAGAACGCCCCCGCCGAUAGAGAUCUAUUAUAAUAUAUCACAACGACGACGACGCAACGCGUCCCACGGUAAUUUUCUUUCGGGAUUUCUUGUACCGAUGAUUUUCUUACUCGUUUAAUAUACCCGCGUUAAGCUACUCGACCGCCUUUUUGUUAUUAUUAUUAUUAUUAUUUUUUUUUUUUUCUAAUCUAUCCACCUACGAACGAAUUUCAAACGAGUCACGUGGGCCACGUAGUGGCGGGGAAAAACUAUAAUAUACGAGCGAUUUGAACGUCUACCUACCUAGUCAUUUCUUUGCAAGUUAAACAUUGAUUUUUGUACGCACGCAACCAUCUAUGAUACAUCUUUCGUCCCAGAGAAGAAGGAACAGGGCCGUAGCAAUGUUCUUUAGCGCUCCUGAUCAUUUCCGCCCUUGUACAAUUUGUUUUAACCCUUUCCGCCUUCGUCCACGCAUGCACACUUAUAAACGUUUCUUUUUUAUUUUCAUUAUUAUAAUAAUGAUAUUUCAUAAGAAAAUAAACGCUACCAAUUUAUUAUAACUUUAUAUAAUAAUUUGAAAAGAAAUUUAACUUGUAUACAUUUUUAAAAUGUCAACUUUUCGUGGUUUUUUAGUAGCGUAUUCAUCAAUAACAUUUUCAAAGUUGAUUUUUUUCAACCAAUCCACGUUAAAUCGACAUAAUACCCAUAUUCGCCUAAUUUGGUCCUAUUACAUUAUAGACCUUAUUAGAUAGUGAAUUUUCAGUUUACUAAAACUUCUUUCACAAAUCGCAGUUGUCACCGGUACAAUUGAAAAUAUCCUGAAUACAUUUUAGCUAUAGUUAUUAUGCCAUUCGAUUGCUUAACAGUUUUUAAAAUUUAAUUUGCUUGUAUUGAAAACUAUACAAAAUUGACUCGAGCCCUUUUUCCCUGGAACCAAAGAUGAUAUAAGUUGUGUGCACUGUUGAUGGUGUAUACGUCAUAAUAAUAUUAUGUUGUCGGCCGCGAUGGAAUGCGCGUCGGCCGUUCGCGGUCGUCAAUAUUUCAGUCAUGGCUGCGGCCGGUAGGUACGUACCUACAACACGAUGAACGUGAAAAAGCGCACACGACAUACACACACAUACAUCCAUCGUCGAUCUACUCGUAAUAUUAUUAUUAUAAAAAACGUUUCGACAUAUUAUUAUUUUGUUAAAAAAAAACCACUUUAUCUGAAACCGUGAGUCGACAUUUAUUGGUACCUGCAACGACUACGGGAUACGAGGGGUUCUUGCAUUUUUAGCACGUAGGUACCUUUAUAAUUUCAAAUGAAAAACAUAAAGUGUAUUAUUUUUGACAUAAUAGCAGUGAUGGGAUACACACACUUUUUCCCGGGUGAUAAGAAAUAAAGUAUAACGCCCGGCAGAUCGAGAUCCAAGUAUACCAACUUCAAAAAAUAAAAAUCCAAACUUCAAACCUGAUAUUGCUCCAAGAAAGUUAAUGUCCUAAGUGUAAACCUAAAACCUAUAACCUUAAGUGGUUGGAAAACUGCGUUAGGUAUAAAUAAACAUAGGAGUAAAAGACAAAAGCUGCCUCAGGUGAGUUACAUUUUGAAGUAGAAAAGUCGAUAAUCUUAUUUAUCAUAGAUCCCAUUAAUCAUCAAUUCGUUGGUAUUAAAUUUGGAACGAUACUAAAUUCAAAUUUUAAUAGUCGGUACUUUUAGAUUCUGAGUGAAACGAAGAAUGUAUUGGUUUUACUAUGAUGUGAUGUCUGUAAACUAUUUUUCUACUAAAAGUCUUGAUCCGAUUAAAAAUUAUUUCUUGUAAAAUUUUGGUUCUGGUUGGUGCAUUUUAAAGAUCAUUGUUUAAUUUUCCUUGUAGUUUCAUUAAUAAGAUUUGAAAGGCUGUAAAUUUUGGUAAAACGUUUGUUGAUUUCUGAGUUACCUUGGCAACAAAGAGAAAUACGGCCAAUACUCAUAAUGGUUUUUCAUUAACAAUGCUUUUUCCCCCGUGUACAAAAUGUAAACUAAAUCUCUAUACAUCCCCCGUUCCAAACUUCCCUUCUAAAACAGUGACACACCCAUCAGUAGUAUCAGCCUUUUUACUUUCGAGGUUAUAUUUCUUAACGUCCGGGGAGAAGUGAUAUUUGCCCAGCAGCGACAAGGCGACGCAUUUUAUACUAUAAACUAUUAUUAUUAUCAUAUAGCGGUUUAACGCCUACUAGAUAUAUAAUAAUUAUAAAGGUCCAAAUAUAUCGAAGACUAUCUUCCGACGAUGGCUUAUAUAUAUAUAUGUGUUAUUAUCUUCUGAUGGCGGUUUCUCACUUGUUGUUUGUCUGAGUCGUCGUCGAACAGAUUAUUUAUACCUAUAUGUGUACUACAGACGAAACACGUCCUAAGAGCAUCUCCCCUCAGGGCUUAUUGUAUAGGUAUUGCGGCUACUCCUCCUUUCGGGACUACCGGGCGUAACUUACUAUACAAUAUAAACGGCAGUACAGGUAGCCACCGUCAUAAUUCAGCCACCGGAAACAAUUAGUAUUAUUAUUAUUAUUUUUUUUUUUUUUUUUUAUAAUAAUAUACUGUUAUAAAGUACUAUAGAUACUAACGCGCGCGGUAGCCAGUCAGGGAUUUAUAGCAAAAAUAUUAGAAACAAUAAAUUAUUAAUACGCUACACGUUAAUAGUAUAUUAAUUGAACAGAAAAUGCUCUCAUAAUAUUAUUGUGUUAUUGGAAUAAAACCAAACGAUAAAACGAGUUUUUUCUUCGUCUCUUUUUUUUUUUUUUUUUUUUUAGUUAUAUAUAUGCUCAUCCCUCGACUGUUAGUAACGCGGCAUUAUAAAAAUACUAAAUUUAUUUUAGUCGUAUAGGUAACCAUAUUAUUCACUAUAGGUCAUGUUGUAACAAUUUGUAUGGUUAGAAACCACGUUUAUGUAUUUUUUUCUUUUUAUACAUACAAUUUCAUUUCGGUUCCUAUUCUUGUAUAUUUUUGUCAUUGUAUAGGUACCGCGACCCAAUACGUGCAUGAGAUAACAACGUAUGGAAUAAUAAUCAACCGUAAUAAAAAGUGUCCCAUUCGCGGUGCGCUGCAGUAUACACAUUCAAUAUUAUAUUAUUAUUUGAAAAAACUUUCACCGGCGGUGGUCGUUCAGGGAAAAAAAGAAAAAAAACAUUCACCUCAUGUGCAGCUAGUGUUGCUUUCUAUUGUUGACCGCCGGUGACCACUGUACAUAUUAUUAUUAUUAUUAUUAUAUAGGUUCGCGCGUUCAAAUCGCUAUAAUAAAGGUACUAGCUUUUUAGAAGUUUUCACCGAGCCGCUUAGGUACCUAUAAUAUUUACACGAAUAUUAUUUUUUUUUUUUUUUUUUUUUUUUUUUUUUUUACUUAUUAUUUUGUUCAUUUUGUUCUGUAGAUUCAAUCGAAAAAAGGGUACCGUGGCCAGAAAGUCCUGUCCCACGCUGUGGCAUAGAAUAUAUUUUUUUAUUAUUUAUUUAUUAUACCUAAUAACUGCAGCAACAAUAUAAUAAUAAUAUCUACAUCACUACAGAACCACUGGACCGCAUAUCGUAUUUCCUUUUUUUUCUGCACCGUUCGAAUUUACAUAAAAGAAAAUAAAUGUGACGUAGGUAUAGUAUUAUCGCGCCAUACAUCAUAUUAAUUUCCAUUACUAUUAUAUUAUUAUUAAGUAUUAAUUCGCAUUCCGGAAGCCGCGUUACCCUUAAUAUAACAUUUAAAUAAUAAUACAUCAUAAACGUAUUAUUUAAUAAUAGCCUUUGUUUUAGAUUCGGAGCGUAGCGAAGGAUCUAUUUUUAUUUGUAUUUAUUUGCUGGAAAAAAAAUGCAAUGAACAAGAGUAAAUCUUUGUAUAUACGUCAAACAUUUUAUAUUUUAUUUUCCUCGGUAUUUCGUUAAGGAGCGAGCACACAUUCAAUUAAACCAUCAAGUUCAGUUAAAUUUUUUAACACGUGUGUAUAUCACUAAGCGCAUACUACAUUCAUUUCGGUUUUCUAAUAUUCCAUCCGCGUCAGUUUAGCCGAUGUUCAUCAUAUCUCGACAAACAAAAUUAACUAAAAACGGGCAUAAAAAAACAUUUGAUUUAAGGUGACAAAGGUUAAAGUCAAAAUCAUAAUAACAUUCAGAAUAUGACUGAACUGGGCCGAACGGAUCCAGUGCUUAGAAUCAUUGUAAAAUGAAAACUACAUCUUAGGUCAAUAUUUCAACAAUUGCUUAACGAUUCUGAGUUGCAAUACGAAUAAAUAAAUAAUAAUUUUGAGCAAUGUUCGGUUAUACUACUUCCUGGGAAAAUCAAAAAAUGACUUCCUCGAUGUACCAACCGGCUCCAAAAUGCUACACAAAACUCACUUAUCAUUUUUUGAUUAGAGCAGGAUUUCUAGUAAAAAAGUUGUGAACAGAUAAAAAUCAAAAACAACAGAAAAAAUCCAUACACACAUUAUGGUAAGACCAAUACAUUUCUCGCUGCGCUUAGAAUCUAAAAAAUAUAAAUACGAGUAUAUGGAAAACUUUUAAACAUAUUACUUUUACGGCUCUCUGAAAACGGAUCAUUAAGCCCUGUCAGUGUACUCGCUCCUUUAGUAAUAUUUAUGUAUGGUUAUAGGAAUUAUCGCCAUGUAAUUUAACUGCAUUUAUAUUAUAAAAAAAAAAAAAAACAAUUAAAAAUAUCCGAUGAGUUUUUGAAUUCGUAAAGUAUGUACGAUAUAUUAUUUUAUCGGUGCUGUCGUAAAACAAUUAAAAUCAUAAUGUUAUUAUUAUUAUCAUCCCGUAACAAUCGUAAUAAAUAAAUGUGUGUAUACACGAUUCUUUAUGGACAUCACAAUUUACAAGUGUCACUGCUUUAGUAUAGACUAUAUUUCGUUAAAAAAAAUAUCUAAAAUUAUACAAUAUCAUUAAUAUUCUUUCGACUUAAAAUUAUUACAUGUGACAACAUCAUUUCCAUUAACUCGUAUACUUUACAUAAUAUAUUUUAUAAUAUUAAAUUCGUAUAGUAUAGGUAAUUACACGAAUAUAUAUAAAAAUAGGAAACCGAGUGGUUAACAUUUUAUUUAAUGUGAGUUUACAAUAUCUGAUGAAACAUCGGCCAUUAGCACGUUUCCGUUUGAUCGUUUCUACAUUACAUAGAUUCCUAUUUGUGGUGGGAAAAAUCUGGAUUUGCUGAAGUUCCAUAAUCCGUAAUUUCGAAAUCCGAAAUCAAAAAUAUAUUUAAAAUCUGAGUUUUAGAUUUUAGAUUCUCUUAAGCGAAAACUAAUCAUAUAAUUAUUAAAUUAUUUAGUACAAUUAUAAUAUAAUAUACAAAUAAAAUUAAUUAUUAAAUAAUGAUAAAAAAAAAUAUGCGUGAAAGGUGUCCGUAGGCUGAGUUAUAAACAAUUUUUUUUAAAAAAACUAUUUAAUAUACAUUUUAGAUUACGAGCGUAAUGGGGAAUCUAUACACAAAUAUAUAUAAUAGAUUUAAAAAAAAAAUAAAAUCGAAUUUUUCUAAAAUCUAAAAUUAGAAUUUUCUGAUAAAUUGGAUUUAUAUCAACUAAUUCCUAUUUAGUUUUCAAAGAUAAAAAGUGAUAAAUGUAGUCUAUAUUAUAGUAGUCAAUAGUUUUAUUUUUCGUCGAUAACAAAUCUCCAAUCGGUAUUGUUACUUUUUCAAAUUAUUAUUAUUCCCUUCGUCUAUAUUGUAUUGUACAAAAUUAUAAAAUUACAAGUUCAUUACUUGCAUGUAUAAUACCGGUUUUUUUUUUGUUUUUCUGCGGUCACAAAAUAAAAUCGAUACCUACCCGAAUUAUUAGUGUUGCUUUACUUUCACCAUCGAUGCGGAAAAAUUGCGCCGCUCGAAUAAUGUAAUCAGCGUUCGUAUUGCAGGACUUUUACGUCCGAUGAGUUUUUUUUUUUUUUUUUUUACCACUCUACCUACAUACCGAGAGAACCUUCAUACCCUUCAGAACCCUCCAUAGUAUUAUAAUAAAUUAUUAUUAAAAAUGAGUUCGCGCCGAGUUUAUUGCAUAAUUUAUUAUUCCCGAUGUCAUAAUUCGACACUUUUAUUGUGCAUUUGAAUGCUGUAAAUCGUCGAUCGCCGUCUAUGUAUAUAUAUAUACUAUAUAAAUGUCAAACAAUAGUACUGCGGUAAAAUAUACGAGCGCCUCUAAAUUUUUUCUGUAAAAACAAAAACGAAAAAAAAAAAAAUGAAACUUUCAUACGACUACAUGCGUUCGUGGAAAACCGUGUUUAAAAUAAUGAUGACGUAUUCUAAUCACGGCGUAUAUUAUAUAUAAGAGCACCGUAUUAUACACCACACCCUUGAAAGCGGCUAAAAGACUUGCCGAGGAUUUUAGGAGAAUUUCCGUCAAGUCUUUGCACCGCGUAACAAUAUUACACUUAUAAGUCUAUUGUCUAUUCGUAUAUACACCGGAUUCCUGCUCGCGAGUAUCUGACGGUCUACGUCAACGUCGUCUAUACGUCCAAACGGUGUGUGUAAUUUGUAUUCCGAGUGUAACUAACACAUCACGCAUUGUUUAACGAACAUCGCGUCGUGUUAUCAACGGAAUACGAGCCAACGAAUCUGUUCGGCACGUCAUCAGUGCACGGACAGGUCUUUCGGAUAAUACGCCUCUAAAAAUGCUCUUCACGAACCGAAAAUCGAAAAUUCCGCAUGGAUCGUCAUAACCUAAAUGAUAACAGAGCCGAAAGUACCAUAAAUAUACUACUGCCUUUUCGACUAAACCAAUGUAAAAAAAACGUUCAAGGAGCUCUGUCACUAACGUCAAACUUUCUCAGUCUAUUUUUUAUUAUUUAUUUUUCAAAAUUAUGGACAAAGUCCAAGUACAGGAUGGUAGAUAAUAACAAAAAUCAUAAGUAAUGUAAAGAGAAAAAAAAAGAGAUCGAGGUUAGCUGAACAAGGGAGGUAGACCACAGAGAUAUGAAGUAGGAAUUUAAAAGAAAUAUGAGAGACGUAAAAGGGAAUUAGAGAACGGGUAUAACGGGAAAGAGCAUGGAAAUUAAUUUUCGCGAGUAAGAAAAGAGAAUCAAUUUGAUUGAAUUGGAGUUUGGUAACAAAUAAAUGGUUAGCCCUUAAUAUAGACAUAUUCUUCACAAUACGUUAAAUAACCAAAUGUUAUAAACUAUAAUAGUAGAAUACGUUAAAAUAUACAUAGGAUUUUCGGAAUUUUAGUUGAUACUCAAAUUUUCAAUGAUAUAUUUUUUUUUUUUUUUUAAAAAAAAAUUUAUUAAAAACUUUUUGGAAUAAUGUAUUUUAAAAUGUCCAUAUUUGUUUAUAUUCACAUAGCUCGUAUUUUUUUCACCGUUAUUUUUGAGAGCAUAAUAACUUCCCAAUUUUGAUUUUAUAUUAACCUAUAUUAAAAAUGUCAUAAGUAGAACAAAAGUUUCAGUUUAAAUACAUUUUAGUAGUGAAAUUUCGUCAGGUUUAUUAUACUUGUUGUAUAAUUACUUUAGACUGUAUACAAAUAUGUAUAAUAAAUGGGUGUGAACGGUAGAUCUUAAUUACAUCUAAUAUACACAAUGCACAUAGAAAUACAUUAUUUUUUGAAAAAAAAAUCAUAUUUUGGUAGCCAUAAUUGAAAAUAGCACGUAGUUCUGACCAAAUAACAGCCGACAUCGUACCGAAUAAAAUACAUAUAUGGGACCAAAAAGGGCCCGACCGGACAAACGAACUAUAUCUAUGCGUACAACGGCUUGUAAUCCGUGAAAUUUCCUCAUCGUUGUCCGAAUGCAUACAUAGUUAUACGACGAGUGAGUGCAGAUGCUGGGUGCCGUGUAAAUAUUUUGUUGAGGGGUCGAGGGGGACCCCAGAAGGCAAAAGCGAAACAACCGGUCCGGCGGAGCAGACCACCCAACGGAGCCCAAGGUCGACGAUAAUUACGGGCCGCUAUUUAGGUAAAAAAAAAACUGAAAAAAAAAUAUAAAGAGGGGAAGAAAUAAUAUUCUGUAUGUAUGUACAUAUACACAUACAUACAUACAUACAUACAAGUAUACACGGCGUAUAGUUAAGAGGUAAAAACAAUAACAAAAUCUGGUGGCCAGAUGAAUAUAGAAUAUGUAUGUACAGAAGAUGCUGUGUAUAAAUAUUUAUAAAUAUACGUUGGAAAUUUACUAUAUUAUAAUAUUAUGAUGCGUGUAUACGGUAGCCGCGGUGAACAAAAUGUUAAUCACAAGGUAAACACACUAUAUAUAUUAUUGGAAUUUAAAAAAGAGCUAUUUUUUAUUUUUUUUUUUUUUUGAAUGAAACUCCGCGAGUAAAAUAAUAUUAGACUGCUGCAUGUGCACAUAAACCAGAUUCAAAUGAAUUCUAAAAAAAAAAAAAACCCGAUAUUAUUAUUACGAUCCGCAGCGCGUAGCACGAGCUAAAAUCCAUUAUAAAAUAUUAUGUAUCGGGUGUAAUUUUCAUCACUCCGACUAUAUAAUAAUUUGUACCAUAACAAUAUCGUUGCCCUGUAUAAACGCCACUCAUUAAUAAUACAUUAUUAUACUUCGCCGCGAUAUAGCGCCCCGCCGUAUCAACAAACGAUCCCGCGGCCAUCGGAAUGGAUUUUGCAAAUUAAAAAAUUCUCUCACCGUUAUAAUAUUUGAUGUUUUUUUUUUUUUUUUUUUUUUAUGAGCCGGCACUUUAAUAUUUAUAUAUGUGAAAAAGUUUCGAGUAAAUUCAAUUUUCCCUCCUUCCCAAAAUAAAAAUAAAUCAUUAUAAAAUAGUAUCAUUUAAUAAGUAUAAGUUUGUUCAAUCCUCCGCCUCCUAUUGGCAUUUUAUAAAUUCCAAGUGUACCGAAAAAGCUAUUAGUUAUACUAAAAUUAGUUUUUUAAAAUAUAAAAAAAUAUUGUUUACAUUAAAAACUGAUAACCCGUUAGUCAUUAACUUUGUUUAUUUUAUAAUGUUAAUCUUCUACACUGAAAUGUUAAAUCGUCGUACAGUCGUGAUUGCGUUCUGGCGUAUUUCAUGGUAUUUCAUUUCAAAACUAACGUUUUUGGUGUAAAAUAAUCAGACACGUACGCAAAAAAAAAAAAUUUGGAGGGGAGGUUCAUUAAAAAUGUACAAUUACACAACUAUUAAUUUUCGGGGGUGGAGGAGGGUUCCCCCCCGACCCUGAAUACGUGCCUGAAAAUAAUCACACCCAUGUAAAAUUAGUCGCGUAUAAAUUAAUAAUUGUUUUUAAGUUAUAAAAAAAUGCAGGCCAUAAAUAAAAGUUUUAAACAAUGAUAUUAAAUUUAAAUCGAUAAUAUUCUUCUUUUCAUUAUUGAUGUAACAAUAUACACAAAUACAAAUUAUAAACUAAAUUUUAAUUGUUGUAAUAUAGAGGCAAUUAUUUUACUGGAUUGUAUUUAAGUCCCUACUAAAAUUAUUCUGCACACCCCGCGAAAAAUUCCCGCGCACGCCUACGACGACAGUUCAUGGAUUCAUGAUAAAAAAUAUUAAAAAUGGACCACUCUAUACAGCCGACCGUGUUGCUCGUAAACGAUGUAAAAUUAUUAAUGUUUUAUUUAGUAUCGAAAAUCAAAAUUAUUUAUUAUACCGUAUUACGUUGUGUAUAAGGUUAGAUAAUAAUUGGGUUGUGUACAACGUCAUAACAGUAAUUAAUUUUUAUUUUACGAGUUUUAUAUUAUAUCGUUCGAUUGGCGUUAAUUCAACUGGCGACCGUUUCGAAAAAAUAAAUUACACUCGAAUAAUAAUAAUAAUAAUUACUAUUGUUUGCUACAUCAAUAUUCUAUUAUGUGGCGUAUAGACUUCAAAACAUAUCAUUAUUAAAUGAUCACGAAUGCAGAAAAUAAUAUUAUAUAUUAACUUUUUUUUACAAUAAUGUAAUAUAGAGAUUAAAUAGAUUUCUGUUGGGUGCAUAGUGAACGUUUUUUUUAUUUAUUUAUUUUAUUUUAUUAGUAAUAUAUCAUUUUUUUUACGUCUACGCGAAUCCAACUCAAAAAUGCAAUAACUCAAAUUAUAUUAUGAUAAAAUAAAUUGGUACAACGUACGAUUGAAGAUAAUGCGUCAUCAGUAUUAUAUUGUAUGAAUAUUAUAUUAUACAAACGGUGGCUGUUUGUUAUAAUAAUAAUUCCACUAAAAAAUUAAUAUUAAGACUGAAAUUCAAAGAUACGUUAUCUGCGCAUUCUAGUAGUUCUUAUAUGAUAAUAAUUUUGGAAUUUAUAAAAACAAAGCAUUUGAUUCAAAUAUUAUAAUAUUUAUUGUUUCAUUUUUCACUUAUUUCGCUUUAGAUUGCAUGUUUUAUAUUCCAGUUAUGAGUACCGGAAUUGUGUAGUAUUUUUCAUUUUGACAGUGGACAUUUUUGGAGAGACGAUUAAAACACAAUAUUUAUUCUAAACUGAGUGAGUUGACGUUUAAAUAUUAAGUUUUUUGUCAAAUUAGGUGUAGAUACUAAUAUGGUGUUCUAGUUUAAUAUAUGCAUUAUCAGUGGCGUAUUAAGAUAUUUCACCACCCCUCCUCCCUCCGUCCUCCCUAUUAUAAAAUAUAAACAAAUAAUUUAAACAAUUCAGCGUUUAAAACUUAUUAGCAAUAAUAAAACAAAAAUGUAAAACAUUUUUCUUUACCAAUACACACUGAAUCACUAAAUGCAGAAAGAGCACGUGUGUUCAUAUUCUCUAAAACGACAAAAAUAUUUAACAUCUGUGUCAAAAAUUAAAACUUCAUGCUAAUAACUAAUGUAAACGCAUUAGAUAUUAUAAUCUAUACGAUUCUACGGUAAUGUUAUGAAAUACUAUAAAGCUCUAGAUUCAUUUACUUCAGAAGGUUAAUUAAUUGUCUUUCUUGAAAAUAUGUAUACAUAUAUUUUGUUUGCAUUAUUAUAUUUAUAUUUUCAUUAACUAACUUUCUUUAGCUCCCGUGUUGAAAACUGCUGUGUACGCCUCUAUGUAAGAAGUAGACUAAUAUAUAAGUGAUAUAUCUAUAUAUAAACUCAAUAUACAAAGUUUACCCUGUUUAUUUUUUUAAAUUCAUGUCUAUAAUAAGACAAAAACAGAUUUGUAUUCUGGUUAAGUACAAGUACUCGUAUAAUUUCUAAUAACAUUAUUGCUCGUUUUAUAAACCUCCUCGAAACUCGCGGUUAUAUUACAAUAAUGUUAACACAAGAGUAUUUUAGAUUUUUCUUUCGGGAUUAUAAUAUAAUGUUGGUACUCAAGAACUAUCGACAAAUUGUUAUUUAACUGCGGUACAACGCACGAGUCAUCUCUGUAAAAACCGCGGGUGUUAUUCUCAAUCAUACACGAGUAUAGAUUCAAUAUAAUGGUUCGGGUGUAUUAAAAUACUUUUGAGAUGUUUCCAAUCACGACGUAUUUGUAUAAAUUAAAAAAAAAAAAAAAAGAUAAUUAUGAACAGAUAUAUGAAAAAAAAAAUCCGGUCGGUUGUUAAUGUAUAGGUAAUUAAUGACAUAUUAUUUACCUACAUAUAUAUAUAUAUAUAAAUAAAAACCAUCACGUACCUAUACAUGGAACUAUAUCGUAUCAUUAGUGAGUGCUUAUUAUAAAUCGCUUCGAAACAAUAUUAAUGUUAUGUAUAACUAUUAACAUCUGAAAAAAAAAAAAAAAAAUUUGUUUAAUAUUUCCAUAUACUUGUCUACGGUAUAUUUUGUUCUACGCAUUCAGGUGUCAUUACGUAAUUAGGUCGUGUAAACGCGUCCGUCCGAAUAGAUAAUACGGCAGUAUUAUAGAGUAGACAUAUUAGUAGCAGUAGAAGUGAGUAGUCGUGUUUUUUAGCUAAUGCCCUGAGGUUUUUAAAAAAAACAAUACUUUUUAUCAGUAUAUUACCAUGUAGGUAUAGUUUGGCUACACAUAUAUAGGUAUUAUAUUAUAUACGAUUUUAAUGCGCUUGAUCAUAAAUCAUAAAACAUUAGUGCCAAGUACGUACAUCGUAUAUAGGUACGUCGGUUGUAACGCGUAAAAGUCUCCCUAAAUAUCGCUUUUUAUGGAUAAGUUUACUUGCCCGUAUUUUCAAUACGAAUCCAAACAUUAUAUAUUAUUAUUAUAUCGCAGCAGUAAUAACUCAAAAGAAUUUGACGAGAAUUAAUUUUUUUUUUUUUUUCAAAUCAGGUUUAUCAUUAUUAUUAUUGCACAACGCGCGAUUUAGUUAGUCUGGUACCUAUACAAAAAAAAUGAUUAACAUUUGUAAAUCGUAAAUAACAUUAUAUACCUGCCUAGUAUAUACUUAUAGAACGUAAAAAUGUCCUCGGCAAUAAAUAAAUCACGUUUAGCUAUAUACAGUCGUUAAUAAUAACCGAUGCGAAUGUUUUAUCAAUCAUGAAACCAUUACGCGAAUCUAUCGAUUCCAACAAAAGUACUAUUAGAAUAAUGUUAAAGUGUUAUACGGCAAUGAUGAUGUAUUUCGACACGUCAAAAUUGGCAUCAUAGCAUAUUAUCAUUACAGGAUGCGGCAAAACGGUUCUCCCGAAUAUAAAAAUAUAACGAAUGGAACCGAUAUUUUCGAAAAAAAUAAAAUAAAAACAUGCUGCUGCGAUUUCUCGCCUUAUACGGUAUCCGAUAUUUGUGGCUGAUGUAAAUAAGCAAAUAUAUGCUUUUUUCAGAUGCUCCCCUAAAAAAACAAAAAACCGUCGACUGGCAGAUCAAAAAAAUAAAAUAAAAUAAAAUAAAGUGUCUUUUACAGACAUAAAACGACUAAAAUCUUAACUUUUGAUGGCAAUUUCGAAUUUGUUUAGCCUAAACUGUAUAAGACAAAUUGAUUUUGGAUUUCUUAUUGUACAGUUCCUUUCCGAGGUUUUUUCCGUUUUCUAAAAAAAGAAAACGUAUGUUUGGAACAUGUGAGUUUUAAUUCUUGCCUACUCAAUUAUAAAGUAUGGACGAGUUUUACGCGUUCUGAUUCAUUAUUUAUAAUUUUUUGUGAAUCGCAUUAUUUGUAGGUUUUUAAUAUUAUUAUUGUAAGAGGAAAUAAUUGUUUAAAGCACGUUCCCACGACGAAUGCUUCUGCUCGGGGACCCCCGUAGAUUCGUUACCACGCGCUGCAGACGUGGCGCGAGGCAGCUGAACUCGCCCGAGUUUUUAUUAUUGAAGUUAACGUAGUCUUUAGGGAGAGAGUAAAAAAGAAAAAAAAUAUUUUUAAAUUUUCGUCGGUUUGUCAACCGUUUUGACGCGUUCCCACGUACCAAUACGCACACCAACACCGUUUUGGUACUAUAAAACACUUCCGCCGUUAUCGCGUAUUAUCUCUAAUCUCGAGCAGCUAUAAUUAUUCCAAGUACACGAUUAAUAAUAUUUACUUUAUAGUUUAUAGAGCCAACAAGCAUAUUAUCCAAUGUUACGUUGACUAUCGAAAAGUAUCAUGUAUUGUAUACGAGUAAAUAAGAAAAUAAUAUAGAACCGAACCACUCAAUUAUAGGCAAAUCGAUUUUAACUCGAGCGUCGAUUUCUUUUGUUUUGAUCGGUAUCUUAUUGGGUGAAAUAUUAUGGUUACAAGAAGUAUAUUACGCUUCAACGGCUAAAGGAAGUCUAUAAAGUGCGUUUAAAAUGUUAUGAAUGAAGUAAAACAGUUUUUUUUUUUUUUUUUAGAUAUUUUCCGUCUUCCGAACAGUAGGCCGUCAUCUGCGAUGAUGUGCUGUUCACCGGCCACGACUUCCUCAUUAUCUCCUCGUCGUGUGAUAAUGAUGUACAAUAAAUAGUCGCUGCUGAAGAUUCUCUUACACGUUAAACGACCGGGAAAAAAAUCGGGUGUGUAUUUAAAAAAAAUAUUUUAUAUUAUUAUGAACGUUUAAGUGUAUUGUGGCGUGUAAGUCACAGGUGCGACAAAACGCCAUGUGACGGUCUGAGGGCUGUAUGAAGGGUCACCUCAUCUGGACCGAAAUCUGAUAGUACACAUUAUGGCCAGAAUUUUUUUUUUUCUGUUAAAACGCUUGGCAUAAUCGAUUUCCGCCCCGUAUCUCGUUACUCUCGAAUACCAAAUCAACUUUCGGUAAAGCGAAAAAUAUAACAGUGCAUCCUGGAUCACCGGCCCGGUAAUAAUCGUCGUUUAUUACCUAUAUACGAUGGUCGAUGACGGCUAAAUCCAGUAGGCACGAUAAUAAUAUCGUAUAUGCCUACCUCGGUCGUCCGGAUAGAGUCGUGUUUUAUAAAACUGGUUAGCGAGGAUCGCCGUCGGUCCGAGUGGCCGAGAAAAAGGGUAGGUAGGUAUAUUAAGAAUACAGUCGCGCAAUGUCGAUCGGGUCACGUGUUUUAUACUUGUAUUAUUAUUAUUAAUAUUACGAGUGUAUAAACCGGAGGAAACGCGUGGCUCGGCUCUAUAAAUCACGUGGUGGUCAACGGUUUUUUUUUCUGCCCGCGUAUUGUUGACCUUUUAAUUGGACGGCCGCGCGUCAACAGCCUUCCGUCUGGAGACAUCAUCAUAAAUGCGCGUAAAAACGAUUUUACCGCCGUCGAGAAACCUGUAAUAAUCGACGACAACGUCAUUUCCAUAAACGUUAGCGUUAUUCUUUCGCGUAUAAGAUACCUGUUGUACCUAUACCUGUAUACGUGAUGCGUGCGUUAUUCUGUACAUGACGAGCGGGUCGCAGAGAAAAAAAAAUAUACGACAGCCCAGCCACUCUCCCCCGCUGGCUCCCGGGUAGUACCUAUAUUGAAGUUUUUUUUUUAACGCGACUUCCAGAAGCACGUCGUCUUUUAAACUUACUCUUUUACAUCGACUGUACAGCAUACAAAAUGUAAUAGAGGAGACGCUGCAGCGCACACGAUUCUAUAUAAAAAUUAUAAAUUCACAAUAAACUGCUGUUGUAUGAUAGUAUUAUAGUUGUACUACUACGCUACCGCAACCGUAUAGUAUAACAUAGUAGUCGGGAAAAAAAAAACGUGAACAUAUUGAUUAAAAUAAAAAAAUAAAAAAUAGUUUUUCAAUAAUUGUAUAGUUUUAUAUUACCUAUCGCGUGAUUACGAUGUUUUAAGGCUGUUUUGAGUUUCAAAGUAGUUAGGUUGUACAGUGUAUACUCGUAUAUCUCGCGAUCAAACUAUACGCGGUAGUUUUCCGUACCUGCCUACCUGUCUGUAUUAAAACUUUUUUUUUUAAUUAAACGUAAUAGUAUUAUUAUUAUUUUAUGGCGCUUUCCACUUUUAAUUAACGAACAGGAUCAUAAUUAUAAGGUGUAUAGUAUAUAUACAUUAUAUACAUAUGUGUAGUGUUCGGCAUAAACGAAUAAUAAUUUUUAGAAUAAAACUAAGGUGUAUAAUAUGUACGUAAAUUAUAUUAUGCCGUGUAUUUCACUCGAACGAUAACAUAAAAUAUUUAAUGCAUAUAUUUAACAUAAAUAUGAAAUCGAAUCGAAAUGGGUUUCUUUUAUUUUCUUAUCGAAAGAUCGGGAAAACCAAAUAUACGUCAAUUUAAGCCAAUUUUCAAAACUUUGACCCUUGUGGUACGCUAUAAAACAUAUAUUUCCUUAAAUAAAACAGUCUAUUUUUUAGCAGAGUCCUAAACAGUCCAAUUUUGUUUUCCAAGUGACUUUGAUUAAAAUACAAAUUCUUUUUAUAUCUAAAAAUUACAAAAAAAUCUAACAGUCAUCUAAAAUGUAUUAAAAAUGAUGAUUUUUUUUUGAAUUGGAAAAUUUUACUUUAAAAAUGAAGAAAUUCGAAUUCUGUUUUAUGGCGUAAAAAAUCAUAAAAUUGCAUGCGUUAAUUUAUAAAAUUGUAUCACAGGAAAAAUUUAGAAAAAAGAAAAUUGUAUAAAUUAAAGUUGCUUGGACAUUGUAAUUCGUAGGAUUAUUUUGAACCUGGUACUAAAAAUAAAUGUUUCCAUUUAAAAAAAUUAAAGUUUUAUUGAACAAACUCAAGGGUUAGAAUACCCAAAUUGGCUUUAAAAAUGUACUUUUUGGUAUCCCACACUUUCCUACAAAUAGCUAUAGUCAAUUUAAAUCUAUCCCGUUGAAAUAUAUCAUGUUACCAUAAUUUAACUGAAGCACACUGUAUAAUACUUACACUCUCAAAUUAAAACGUUUAAAAGCGAAGAAGAAAAAAUAUGUGAUUUACUCGUUUAAUCUCUGCAUAAAUAAAAAGUUUUUAUCAUUAUUAAUUCGUAUAGAGGUAUAUAAUGUAUACGCCAUAAAACUAUUUAAAAUAUUUACUAUUUUUAAUUUUUUUUUUUUUUUUUAUUAUGAUAGGCAAACUAUUAAAAUAAUCUACUUUGAUUUGACGUUAAUCCACAUAAACUAACCUAUAAUUCAUAUUAUUAUUGCGGUACGUCAAACAAUAAUUUGUCAUUGACAUUAUAUUAGUUUAUCGUAGCUAACAUAAGUUUUUUAAGGCAUAUGAGGCCAAAACUAAACUUUUAAAAAUUAUACUUCAAUCCGUUUUUAGAAUUUAAUACGAGUUUAAUUAUCUUAAAAGCAUCUAUUAUGGCUAGACUAUAAAAAAAAUUACUCAAAAGCAAAUUGAAUAAUGCCAUUUUCGAGUGGUCUAUAGAUAUAUAAUAUUAUUUAUCGUAGAAUAUAAUAUAUACUAAUAAAUAAUAUGUAAUCAUGAUGACGUGCGAUUAAAAAACUUGAAUUUUGUUCAAAAUGUGGUAUGUAUGCACUACACGCACUUGAAGUACAAUAUGUUCUAUUCGAGUCACUGAUUCGUUUGUUUUAUUUUGAAAAGAUAUAUUGUCUUUUUGAACGAACGCUCUUUAAAAAUUAUAUUUUUAACGUUUUAGAUUCUCAGUUUAACAAAGAAGCUAUUAUAGUUUUACAAUAAUUUGUUUUUAUUAUUAUUAUUUUUUUUUUCUCUGGAAAAUUACUUAUACGAUUAGUAAAAUUGAUUAGGUUCGUUCAUGCCAUACCUCGAAAGAUGACCUUCUACUGACAGUACUUUAUAUGAAAUAUUUUUCGAAAUCCCCAAUAAUUUGUCCAAAAAAUAGCAAAUACAAGUAAUCAGUGGGAAAUAGAGUUUAAUUUAUACUGUUAUCCGUUUAAAAACGAACGGUCGUAUAACAGUUUGUAUUUGAAUAUAUAAAUUUGUUUCUUUUUUUUUUUUACAUUAUCCAUACUCACAUUUUAUGUUAUACGGUACGGGUAUAUAAUAAUUUACAAUUACUUUUUGUGUAUCCAUUAGUUGAUCAAUAUUACGUGUGUUUGCCAACACGGCUAUAAUAUAUUAUAUUGUACGAAAUAAUACAUUUUACAAUAAUAUAUAAUACACAUGUUAUAACACGAACCCAACGUGCGGAUACAAGAGAAGAUCGACUUACUAUUCAGUAUAGCGUACCGAUGUACGGUGGUCGUGGUCGUGUUAUUUUAGAUUUUGAAAAAUCAUAAAAAAUUACGAGCAAAUUUCCGUGGCUUAUCCAUAAUCCAUAGUUAAGUUUACACUAAAUUUCGUAUUAAUAUAAUGUUAUUAAAAUGUAAUUGUGUGUAUAUAAAUGCACGGGCAUAAAAAAAAACAACAAUAUUUUUGAUUUUUUUUUUUUUUAAAUGUAAUGAAGUAGGUGUGUAAAUAAUACAGUAUAAUAAAAAAUAUUAAAAUUUCUUAAAAGUACAUACCUAACUUAACCACUGUGAUGGAAAAACGUAAACGUAUAUAAAUAAAUAUUAUGAAAUUAAUUCAAUUUUCCGUAUAUACGUUGAUUCAAUCUUAAAUAGAAAACUAUAAAAUUAAGCUAGAUUUGAUAUUUUUAUACAUGAUUAAUUUGAAAUUGUGUAUUGCAAUUCAAAAUUUAAAUCGAAAUUGUACAGUUUCCUUUCUAAACAACAGAUACGUGCCUCGCUGCGCUCAGAAUCUAAAACAAUAAUAAUAGUACGUUUAGGUUCUCCGCCGACGGCGGCGCUGAUGAUUCCCGUCGGCAAAACGUCAGUUUACCAAGGUAUCUAUAACAUUGUUGUUAUAAAAUUAUAAACAUCUCGCAGUUCGAUACUACCGCAGAAACCGAAUCUCGGACUGCAGAAAAGGUGCAUAUUAUUAUAUUAUUAUAAUAUAUUAUAUCGUGCAUAUUGUAAACCGCGCUGACUAACCACCUGACACGGAGCAUGUGUUGUAUGUAUACCUAUAAGUAUUAAAGUUAUGCAUUAAUGUAUAGCGCACACGCGGAAAACUGGUUACCGAUAUUAUAUGUUAUUAUACCUACAUCCACAGCUACACAUAUACAUGUACAUGUAUUACGGUGGUAGACCUUUAACUUUAUAUUUGUAUAUACAGGGUGUUGUGUUCAUGAGUUCUGUUUUUUUUUUCCAACGGAAUGGUUUAAACGUUAUUUUAAGGCGGUAGAAAGCGAUUGGGUUUUUCAUAUGCAUGUAGACCAAUAAUAAACUAUAGCAAUAAACUUACUUCUAGUACCUAGUCCAGUUUCUGUUCUGAAAAAUGAUUUGCAUACUUUUUUCCUAUGUUUAGUAAACAACAUUUUUAGUUUUUUCUUUUUGUGACAUUUUACAAAAUUAUUUCAAACAUAACUCAAUUUAAACACAAAUUCGAUUAGAUGGUAUUUUUUUUUUUAAAUCGUUUAAAACCGAUUAUAAAUCUUUUCAAAGAGUAUUUUAAUAAGACUAUUUAAAUAUCUAAAGUUAUAUAGGUUGUAUGGCGUAGGGGUAAAGAUUGAAAAAAGUAUUAAAAUAAAAGCUUAAAAGACUGGAGUUUUUUAAGUCUAACGAAUAAAAAAAAAAUUAAAUAAAAACAAAAAUUUAAUUUAAUUUUUAAUCCUCGGGGAAAAUCACUGGAUCGUGACAAAAGGAUCACUCUGUAGAUUUUAUGUUCCGCGAAUUCUUUUCGCUCUAAAAUCAGGUACCUAUCUAAUAGAUCGAUUAAAGAGAUAUAAUUCGAACGUAGACGAUUAUCCGUUUACUCGCAUAUAUGCAAAUAACCGUACCUACCUUGAUAGUUUACCAAUGGAAAAUUAAUAGCCGCGAACGUUCGUUAGGUAUAUUCGAAAACGCCAGUCGUUUUAUAGGAUUGCGUAAUGUAGGUAGUGAUAAUUAUUUUUUAAGUGCAGAUUUCUGCAGUGCUGGUAUACCGUUUUCAAAAUAAUAUAUUAAUAAUAGCGUAUUUUAAAAUUACGUCGAGUUAUACGCGUACGUAUAUCACGAUAAUAAAAUAGGUAUGUCACUUUCAACAAUUUAUAGAAAUCGAACGAUGUGAUUUUCUGCCGCGCGAGUAUCCACAGUGCAGUAAAUUAUUCGUAUCUUCUUUCACUUUAUGAAAAAAAAUACCUAGCGACCUAUAACAAUGAAAAGAAAUCAGUUUUUAAUUAUUAUUAUAAUGCAUUUAGCUGACGGUAUAAGACUUCCAUCAUCAUCCCACGGGAGUUUUCGUAUAUUUCGCGUUUAAUUAAAUUCUUAAUUAUUUCAAAAUCGUUUUAAGUGUAUAGGUAGACAGGUAUACGAGAAAAAAAUUCAUAGUGAUCAGAUACAAAGAUAUUAUAAAGGUUAAUUUUUUUCUUUAAAUUGAAUUCUCUUGUUUUAUGUUAUUAUACCAACCGUAUAUACAGUUAUUCCGAAUUAAAAGUUAUAAUGCAUAAUAUUAUCCGCGAUAAUAGAACAUAAUAAUAAUGUAACAGCUUCAGGCUUUAGUACCGAAAUAAAGACAUAGAGAAUAUGUUACAAGUACUGUAAAAUGAUUUAUAAGUUUAAUUUAUACAUUUAUACUUGUACGUUAUUAUAGUUAUUGUUAAAAAAAAAAAAAAAAUAUAAUUAUUUCCGAUUCAUCUAUCUGUAAAAUAAUAUCAUUGAUAUUGUUUGAAAUAUAUUAUUUAUUUCCGUGCAAUAUUAUAUACUAUGCGAAUAAUCUAAAAUAAUAAUAAUAUCUAUAAUCGGAUUAUUGAAAUAGUGUGUAAUAUUGAGAAUAAAAAGUAAUUAAGACAAAUUAUUGAUAGUAUAUUUAAUUAUACUCGAUUAUGACAAUAUAAAGUAUUAAAAAAAUUCCGGACGUACUUUGCAGUUCGCGCCAUGUGUAAGCCACUGUUCUAGGUGGGAAAUUGGAAUGGUGUAAUGUGGGCUGUAGGGUGAUCAAGUUUAUACACUGUAGAGCAACGAUAAAAAUCGUUGAAAUCAAAAACGAUUCCAAACGGAGCCAUUUAGUCGUUAUGUUACUAAUCGGAAAAGUGUUUUUCGAGGGAAAAAAAACACGUCUCAGUUUCUUAUUCGCUGCACUCGGAGUCUGAAGUAUGUUAUAUUGAAACAAUUCAUACCUGAACACUAGUAUAACAAUAUAAUAAGAAAAACUAACGCACUAUGCAUGUAUAGUAAUAUUCGUCGGAGCGUUUUCUUUCUAUUCCCGUAAAUAGUAUUUUUAACCGUUCAAAUAUAUUUUCAAAACGUUUAUUGUUAUACAAAAUUGUUACGAACAAUAAUGAUUACUGUUUAUUAAAAUUUGUACAACUCAUUUUAAUAUUAAACACACAGGCAGUCAAUGUAACGAAAUAUACCGCUAUAUAAUACAAAUUUGUAAGUAGGUAUAAUAAUAUUUAUGUUUUAUAUACCUACGCGUAUAAUUGAAUAGCACAAGACUAUAAAUAAUAGCGAACUAUAGUACAUCAAACAUUGAAAUUAUCGUUGAUUCAAUAAAACUUAAUGUUUACGACACCUGCGGUAAUAGACCGAGAGAAAAAAAAAACAAUUUUUUUACGCUAAACAUUCUGUUUAAAUGUAUAUAAAUAUGUUUGAAUAGGUGUGUGCACAGCGUAUAAUAAAAAUUAUUUUUAAUAUAUUAUAUUAUUCGACGUUCCUUUUGAUAUGGCUGGUAUUUUAAGAUUUUGCGGGUUAUGAGGUAUUAAAAUUCGAAUAUUUUGACAUAUUAAAGUUCAUAUUUGCAUACAAGUAAAAAUAAAGGUAAAUUUUCAAUUUGUACCGAGUUAAAAUUUCGAUUCACUGUUUUUUUUCUAGCCAAUUUGCUUCAAUGAAAAAAAAUUAGAAUUCCAAUAUGUAAUAAGUAUAUCGUAUAAAAAAUAAAUAAAUAAAAAAAAAAGACAAAGGCGUGACCCUAAGUAACCGUUGAAUAUUUUAAAUCGAUUUACAUCAUAAUACGAAUUGCGCUUAUAGUUUUUUUAGAUUUUGAGCCCAGUAUCCUCAUUGUGUAUUGGUUUUAUUAUGACGUGUGUUUUUCUGUUUGUAAACCACUUUUCUAUAAGAAAUAUUGCUCGAAUUUUAAAAUGAGCCAUCUUUUCUCAAAAUAUUCUUUUCUCUUCGUCGAUAUAGGGAGUUAGUUAUCAUUUUAAGGGGGUCAUUUUUUGAUUUUCCUUGUGUUUUUCUUAAUAACUCACUAAAACCGGAAAACAAAUAAGAAAACCUGAUAUGUUUACAAAUUUCAUUAUUUUCGAUUUCUUUUUUUUUUUUUUUGUGAUUUGGUUUAACAUUUUUGUAGAAACUUGCAAUUUUCACAUUAUAAUUGUUCAAAACAUUUUGAUGAUUUUCAGUUAUUUAUAGGCAUUUGACAUUUAAAUCGUGAAAAUCACGACAUUUCAAAAAUGUUAAGCUGGACUUCGCUCAGAAUAGUAUUCCGUUAGCAACGAUUUAUCAGAUACAAAUUAUACAAUGCAAAGUAACCCAACGUUUCACCUAAAACGACAGUGGCACACCCAUUAGCAGUAUUAGCUCUUUUUUUUGUUUAUAGGUUUUCCGGUAUUGGACGAACGGAAAUAUCAAUAAACAUUUCCGUUCGUAAUACUCGGAUCGGAUAUUACAUAUUAUAAUAUUGUAUCCUGAAAUUCUUAUUGACACGUCGCUCGUCGCGGUUGUCGUGCAGUAUUUUACAAUGUGUACCUAUACCUAUUCCACGGAUCAAUGAAUUGUAAUAGGUAUAUUGAUUUCCAUUGGCGAUUAUCGAUUUAAAAAACAAAAAAAAAACCAUUAUUACCGCGUGCGGAAACGUUUGCGGUUAAUCCCAUGAACCAGCCGUCGGGUGUCUUUUAUAAUAUUAUUAUUAUUUAUCGAUAUCAUGCGCUCGGGCCGUAUCGACCACUCCGUAUUCUAUUUCUCAUAUUGUUCGCCCACGCCGCCGUGGCCCGCACUUAUUUGCAUUACACUAAUACAGGGUGAUACAUAUAAUAUAAGUUCGAGUACGUGUCACGAACUGACGAGAUAAUCAACAAAAGAUUUCGUGUGUAUAGGGAUACAAUUAAUUUUAGUGGUUUUCAAUUGUUGUAUAUAGAUACAAGCACGUAUAUAGAAAACAUAGUUUUUUAGGUAGUUUUUUAGGUUUCGAAAAAAGAUUCAUAGACAAAGAAAUAAAUACGAUGUGUUUUUUUACUGUUUUUUGGUGUACAUAGGUAUAGAAUAUUAUAAAAUAUUGAUUUUCAAAUAGCGACCCGUAUUUUUAAACCCCGAUUUGAAAAAAUAAUAUAUUUUUCAAGAAAAAAAAUGUGCAGUUUAUAUCAUAGCAGUUUUAAGCCGGGUUAGUUAUUAGAGCAAUAAAUAUUUAGUAGUAUUCGUAUAGACUUAUAGGGAUAGUAGAAAUAUUGUCUCUUUUCGAUUUUUCAAAUGCCAGUAGGGUCGGACUAUAAACCCGAACCGCUAGUUCGGGAUAGUGGACUGGUAUAUUUAUAGUUAUCGGGCCCUUUAUUUUUGUCCAUUUAUGAUUACACUUAUCCGUAAUGAAAUAAAAAGCCAAAAAGACAUGAAAACUUCAAACAUCUAUUUAUAACUCAUAAAACUGUAGUAUAUUUCGAAAAUGGAACUAUUUUUAAUCUGCGCGCUAUAAGUAUUUGAUGGAAAUUUUAAGUUUCUACGAUUAUUUUUCACUGGAUUAUGCGUAUAACAAAACAUUUAAAUUAAAACAACAGAAAUCGCUAUUGCGAAAAUAUUCUCGUUUUCUCACUCAGUCGUUUAGAAAACUAAAUAAAAUCGAAAAAUACCUAAACGCACCUACUAGACAAAAUGUUCACCCCUAAAUAAAUUACCCCUGAUGCUGAUGAUUGGAGCAUAAUGUCUGGUAGAAAAACUGUUAUACACAUCAUAAUAAAAUCAAUAUCAUACCUCACUGUACUACACGGCACUGAAAACUGAAAAAGUUGAAAUGGAAUAUGAAGUCUUUCGAGUUUUUUACUUUAACCUUUCCAAUUUUUUUCCAAACCGCAAAAUAGACCUUUUCGACCCAGUUCGACACUGCAUGCCAGUUUGUAAACGUCGAUAUAUGUAACGUGUUAUGGAAUAAAGGUGAAUUAUGAAAAAUACUAUGGUAAAAUAGAAUAGCAAAAACGAUUUGAUAUAGGUUUCCGGUGACCGGGAAUGUGCGUAUAAGUACAAAAAUCAUAACAUGUUUUCGUUCGUAUAACAUAGUGUAGCAUUAUUCUAUCAAUCGACGGUUCGUGUUAAAAAAAUCACCCUGUAUCGAUCGUAUUCUGCAGGCGGGUAAGGUAAGCGAUAAUAAGGUACGGGGAUACAUUAUAUUAUAAUAGCACGUGUUUUUGUCGGACUCCGGUUCCCCGGGCGCCUCGGCCGCCGCCUGGUACCGUACGAAGCCGACAUUACCCGGAAGUGUCCGACAAGUCGCUGACCGCCGGCCGCGCCGUGUGUCGUGUGUUAUGUAAAGUCAUAUGAAACCUGCCGAAAAAAAAAAAAAUAAAAUAAAAAAUAGUAGGUAAUAACAAUAAAACGGUUCUGGAUAAUAUCGGAACGCACGGGUAUCUCGGUCUCCCCGCCCGUCCGCAGUCUGUCCGCUAUACAAUAUUAUAAUAUAUCUAUACUUCUGCGAAUAUAAUAAUAACGAUAAUGAUAAUAUCAUUACGAUAUUAUAGAGUGGCGUGUGUGUGUGUGUGUGUGCGUGGGUGGACCUUGUAAGUUUUCACGCGCGCGCCACACGCCACACGCCGCCGAGAGAGUAUUUUAUCAACGAGCACACGACAACCGGCAGCGCCGCCGCCGCCGCGGCCGCAGUCACCGUUUUCCUUCCGUCGCGCGCGCGCGUCUCCUCGCCCCGAAGACCGCGACGUCCGACGACGAGUCUUUUUCACGUUGUUUUUUUUUUUUUUCAUUUCUCACACAUCGUUCGCGUGUCAACGGCGAUUUAAAACGAAAAUACGUCCCGUGGUCGGUGUCGUGUUCGCGUACCUACGCGUGAGCGCGGUUUUUUUUUCCCCCCGUCGUUUCCGAUUCUGUGGGAAAUACGGCGACGGCCCCACAUCGUCGGCCGCCCAUUAUUAUCGUCGUGCUACGUGAAUCGCCUCGUCGUCCCACACUUGUAGUCCGCCGUUCGCGUGAUAUCCGCCUGCCACGGACAUGCGAUGCUUAUUAUUGACGGCGGACCGAUCUCGCGGUUUGCCCGUCGCCUUUGCUCAAGUAUGAAACCGUUUUUAUAAUAUUAUAAUACGCACGUUUACGCCAUUAUUUUUGUAAUCGCCAUUAGGCGUCGUGUUCCGGCGAUGCAAAGCGUUGAGCGACCCGGUUACCGUGGUUUUUAGCGAACAAACGUAUGUUUGGCGGUAUCAUUUACACUGCAAUCGUUUGAUAACCGAAUGGCCGGAAUCGGCAAACAACUAUACUGUACGGUAAACAAAACGUUUUGACGGCGUUUCAACCAAAUUAGCAAACAAUGCGACAAACUGUUCGCCGAAAACUUCAUCGUCAAAACACGCGUAUAGCCGUAAAUUGGGGUAUGCGAUCAAUGUAACUGCGCUGAACCUUUAAAAUGCCCAGGGGGGGGGGUUGGCAUUUUCUGUCGGUUCGACACUUGAAACAUGUACACGAAAAGUACGGCGGGACAAAAACGAUCGUCAGAUAUCGCGUUUUUGAGCAUAUAAAAGACGAAAAUGCAGAGUUGACGAAUUUUUCGCAGCUUAUUAUUAACAACUUUGCUUAUUUAAAAGCUCAAAAAGUCAAACCUUUACCUGUAUAAUAAUUAUACUAUUAUAUACAAUACGACAUAAUGAAAAAAAAAAAUUGUCUACAAAUGAUCGCAUAAUUCAUAAUUUAUAUUGUAUGCGUGCGUCCGCCGUAGAUUGGUCACGUCUGCGAAAGAGCUAUAUAGUGUGGGUUUUUAAUUUAUACUAGAUUUACCUUAUAUGGGUACCCAUUGACAAAAUUCUUCCAUAAAAUUAUCAUUAUCAUUUCAAUUUCAUUAUCACAUUUCAAUCUACUGAUGCUUACCAACUACCAUUUACUAGCUGCGGCACCGAAUAUUAUUAUUUAUAUUUAGUUUUUAAAAUCUGCUGGAAUAGCUACCUUUAAUUGUUUUCACUGUUAAUAGUUGAUUGAAAUCUAAAACAAAAACAGUUUUUUUUUUAAAAAAAUAUUGAUAAAAACAAAUGUUUACAAAUAAAUUUUGGGACCGAAGAUUCCCGUGGUUUAAAAAUUAUUCUGAAAGACUCAAUCUCUCCAAAUUCCAUCCAAAUAUCCGCCUAUGACGUCCGCGGUGUUGCUUGUAUGCCGUUUCAAAGAUUCCAAACGUUAUUUACUUAUAAUAAGAUUAACAAUGUUUUAAUUAAUAUAUAUUUAGUAUGUCAAUUUUUUUUUUUUUUUUCAAUAUCGUUUAACAUUAUAACAUAUGCAGGUACCGUAACACCUACGUAAUACGCGUUUAAUUAUAUCGCGCGGCAUAAUAAAGGCGAAAUAACUAAUGUGAUUAAAAAACGCAUAAAUAUCGAACCGUCGAUUCGAAUAUAACCUGCUACAAAUAUUAUUAUAUACGGCUAUAAUUAAUAUUAUGAUACCUCGUUGUGCAGUUACUUGUCGAAAACUACAGCUUUACUGCUUUUUUUUCAAAAAAUAUUUUACGUUCAAUAAUAAACAACCUGUAUAUAUUAUAAUCCAAGUCGAUUCAAAAUUUAUGUCACAACUAUUUUAUCAUGUAAAUAUUCAAAAUAGAGAAAAGUAUAUAAUUCAAAAGUUUUUCAAUUUAUAAACAUCUAAAAUAAUUUUUUUUUUCUACUGCCUUUUUAUGGUGGUUUUGGAGGUCGACUUUUGAAAUUCAAAUGAGAAUCUGUAUUCAAAAUUCCAUAAAUAGAUGGAACGUUAGUUAAAGAAAAUGUUGGUGUUGACAUUUUUGAUUUCCGUUAAUCGUUGAACGAGAUAUAUUCUUUAUUCACUUUUUAGUUUAGGCAGGGAAAGAGUAGUGGAACACUAUUCAAACGCCGCGUACCGUGCCGUGCCACCGAACAAAAGAGCAAUAGUCUGCACAUUUUGUUAUAAUAUAAUAUUCGUUUUAUAUUUCAACGGAUUUUAAAGGCCAUUUAGUUUGUUUUACGUGAACGUACGUUUUUUCUACACACUGCCCGUUGGCAAAAACCGACGAAAAACUUAACACGGACGACCCGAGUGAACGGUACGUUUUAUGGGCGAGUUAAAUAGGUUCUGUAGAACAUAAACAAGAUUUUCUAUAUUAUGAUUUAAUAAUAUAGUCCAUAAUAGGUAACUAGGUACACUACAUAUUCCCUCGACUAUAAAUUUACUAUUAUCGCCAAACCCCUAAAAUCCUGCUCUGUACCAACGAGAAAUAUACUAUAAUAUGGCAUGUUGUGCCAUUAUAAUGUCAUCGGUUCGUUCAAAACGCACAAAAACCGAUCUAAAUUUAACAAAAGUAACGGUUCUUGUGUCAAAAAGUAAAAUUUUCAUUGAAUCGUGAGUGUUUUGGUGCUGAACCCCAUUUAAUCCGUACAAAAAAAUUUGAUUCUAGCCUACUCGCUUAGAACACUCAAACCACUGAUUUCUACACUAUAAUUAUUAUAAUGAUAAUAAAUUGUUUUAAUAUUUUCCCUUGAUUGUAUACAUUUUACAUUAAUCAUACGAAAACUUCAAGUCGAUAGUAUUUACUUGUUUUUUUUUUUUUUUUUUAAAAAAAAAUAUAUAUUUACAAAUUAUUUGCCAUUUUAGGUGAUUUUUAUUCUGAAUACCUAAUAAAAAGGUCGACUGGCGUAUAUUAUAAUAUUCUCAUUAUUUGAUCCGGAAGGUUUAUUUUAAUCGUUAACAUUUUUCAUGAUAGAAAUAUAAAUUUUUUUUUUCAACGGAAAAUAUUUCGAUUAUUAUAGGUAGGUAAUAUUAUUAUAUAAUGUAUGUAUUAUCCAACAAUUUUGGCAUUCUAUAAAAUAGGUAUUUUUUAAAAAAAAAAAUGUUUGCACUCAACGACUAUCCAGUGUAUAAUAUACACUAUAUAUAUUAGGUGCAUGUAACUUAAUAAUAAGUCUUGGAGAUAGAUAUUAUAUUAUGCAAGAUAAUGGAAUUAAUUAUGCUUUAACGGUAACACUACGGUUACAUGGUUUAUUAUACUGUUACUGUAUUACGAAAAUUUGUUAAUAUUAUUUUAGAUUUAAUAAUAUUUAUGUUAAAUCUUUGCGAAACGACCACCGCAUAAUGAUGGGUACCUAUCUCAGUAAUAUCCGUGUUACCCGCAGAGUAAUUAAUUCCGGUAUCUCGAUUCGCGAUGUGCAUAAUACGUAUUUAAACAUUCUGUAUAUAUUUAUUGCAGAGCCGCUACAAACAUACUAUUAAAUUAUAUUUUAGCUUAUAUUAUUAUAAUUUAUAAUAUAUUCAUGCGAAUAUUUUAUCGGCUGACUUCUAUACAUUAAAUCAAAUUAUAUAAGGUAUAGGUACUACAAAAAAGAAAUAAAGUAGGUAUAUAUUAAAUAGCAAUUAUAUAAAUAUUUAUUUAAGAAUAAUAUUAUAAAUUCAUGCACAAUAUAUAUAUAUUUUAUAUCUACUACGGAUUUAUACAUCGUAUUAUUAUUGAACUGGCUGCGAACUCGUAUCACGGGAGCCCGCUGCAGGAUAAGGUUUUAGAAGUAUAAUAAAGUAUACAAUAAAAAACGAAAUUACCGUCGUAGAUAUUUUUUUUAAUAAACUAUUAAAAAAUAUAAACGCAUAUCUAGGAAAUAUUUUUUAUUAUUUUUUUUUUUUUUUUAAAUAUCAACAAUUCGAGGGAUUAAUGCAAUAUAGUAAAUAAACAACAAAGUAUGCAUAAAUCAGCGAGAAAUGUAGAAGAAAAAUCCAGUAAUAAAUUAUCUCUAGUUCUCUGCAAUCAUUUGAAACUGAAAUGUAUGUACAACAAAAAAAAAAUCUAAGGAAAUUCCAGAAAUCACCCCUGAUCGGAAAAAGAUUUCUGGUAAUGAAUACAUUGAUUUUACAAUAAUCAUUAUUUUUUGAACAACUUUUCUUCUAGAAAUUUUGCUCUGAUUUUCAAGUGUAACACUUUUUUUAAAAAAAAAACAUGACUGGAGUGGUGUUAUAAGAAUAUUACCACCACUUUUAAUUUUCAUAGUGAAUGAAGUAUAUUAUUUUCAAACCGUAAAUAUUACGGCCUUUUAAAACAUGUAUAAUCGAAUUCCGUUCAGAAUCAUUUUUCGUUAGCAGUGAUAUACGUUGUGUGCGUAUAUACAUUAAAUUUCCCCUCUACCUUCCCAAUUUCUUACCUAGAACAGUGGUCCACCCACGUGUGAAGUGUGUCCGUUUAUUCUUAUUUUUUUUGUUUCCGAGGUAAUAACCAAUGGGCAAUUUCCUUUCGUUUAAAAUACUUAAAUGUUCUUUUAGUGUUAUACUAAAAACGUUCAGUGCUUGAAUAGUUUAAUGUAUUACACAGUAUAAGCAUUAAGCAUAAAACAUAUUAUGUUAUAAUAUCGUCUAAAUUAAAUAACAAUACAUGUUUGUUUACACCAUCCGCAUCUCAUCAAAGUAACUCAGAAACAAAUUUUAAAAAUUCAAUUUUUAUAAAAUUUUUAUAAUUUUUAAUAAAAUCGAUAUUAAAGCGUGAACCACUUUAGGGGUUGAAGUUCGAGAUAAAAAGUAAAUUUUUGAAAUUAUUUAAACAAUGUUAAAAACCCCAUGAAUCGGUACAAAUAUAUAGGUUUUAAAUUUAUUUCUUAGUUACAGAAUCUUGAUUUUUCUUUGAAAUGUAUUAGAUGUAUUAAAUGUAGUAUAGGAAAAAAAAACUGCUACUUGAUUGCACAUAAGGUAGACGAAACACCGGACUAUUAUGUACGAAUUGUAUUUUUUUAUGGGAUUCGAGUAAACUAGGCAAAGGGUGGUUUAUGUCGGGAAUUUAAAAUAUCUAGGUAUAUUAGUAAAUAGGUACUUUCAAAAACGAUGCUAAAACUGCUAAAAAUAAAAAAUUACACGGUUUUAAAAUAAAAAUAUUGUUACAAAAUUAUCGAAAAUAUAGGUACGUAUAGUACUGUAUAAGAUAUAAUACUUUUGUUCGCGUAAAUAAAUAUAAUUUAAGUUUAUAGUUACAGAUUCGCAAUUGUACGGUAUAUGUGAGUAACGAGUUUAUUGUGAAAUAUACACAUCCGAAUAUAGGAAUAGGUAUGAGUUAUACACUAUUAACGUAAAAGUAUUGUAAAUGGAAUGCCAUUCAUUAAACAGAACACUCUUACAAAUCUAUAAUUUAUUAUUCACUCGAUUUCACGUUCUUCACAGUUUCAUCAGGUGUACCUACUUGCCAAUCUUAAUGUAAAAUACGAAUUUUAAAAUAUUGCUUAACUUUUAUGAUCAUAAUAUUAUAUUAUAUCGGGACUUAAAAAAAUGCAUUAUAUACAUAUAUAUAUUUGAAUUAUCACGUUUAAUUACAUUGCAUGAUAAUAAUAAUAAGAAAAACGACAUCGUAAAAUUCUGAGUGUUUUUUUUUCAUAUUUUCAAUCGUAAUAAUAAGUAAUAAUAUAUGAUUACCUAUCCGUAAUAAUAACAUUAUAAUAUUAUGGGAGACCUAACCUAUAUUAUUAUUAAAAAUCAAAUUAUAAAAAACAGAGCAGCGUAAUUUUUUUCUAUCAUGAUGUAGUGUUUUCCCGGGAUAAUUUAGAGUAUAUUUGAUUUCUGUUAAUUUUCUUCAACCGUCAUUAUCAAAUUGGUUAACGUUAUUACUGUGAUGACAUUAUUUUCAAUUUUUUUUCCUAACUCUUUGUAUAUAAAUACCUUAUUAAAUUAACCUUAUUUGUCUUAACUUUUGAUUUUCAAAUGACCAUCCUUCUAUUUUGAGACAAAUUUGAAAAAUGAAUAUUAACUGGUCAUACCAGUUUAAAAUUCAAACCGGAGAAAUAAAGGGGAUGAUAAUAAAUUGCAUAACAUAAUCAUUAACCUUUCAAUCCUUUGGUAUACAUUUUAAACUGUUGUAACUAUUAUAAACCGAUAUUAAUGUUAUGCAUAAGUGUUAAAAAAAAAAUGUCUAGAAAAAUAUUAUAUGCUUUUUUUGUCAAAUCUGCUAGUUUAAAAACAACUAAAUAUACUUCGUGCAACGGGUGUGCUACUGUUGUAGGUCAGGAAGGUAGAGAGGAAAUUGAAUGUACAUAUUUUGAAAGCCCGUAAUAUUUACUGUUUCAAAAUAAUACACUUCGUAAAUUUUUUCAUUUGUCCUGUGUUUUUUUCCCAUUUAUCACGAAAACCCCUGAGAAAUAAAAAAAAUUACUUGCUUAUGGUACCAUUCCACGGAAAUUUCCUCCCAGAAAAGAUGUUACACUUAAAAAUCGAAGCAAAAUUUCUAGUAAAAAAGUUGUUCACAAAUAAAAAAAAAAAAAACCAUUGUAAAACUAAUACAAAAAUGAGGGUUGUGAUUUUAAAAUCGAAUGUUAACGCGUAAACUUGCGGAAUAAAAAAAAAAACAUUGAAAACCCGUUCAACGAUUCUAUAAUUACUUAAAAAAAAAAAAAUCUUCGUAGAUAAUUGCCGGAUAAUGGUGUAAAAUGAUCACCCUGUAUAAUAUUUUUUUGUUCGUCUAUACAUACAGUACUACACAAUCGAAAUACUAUUACGGAAUUAAUAGGUAGAAUUAUAAAUGUAAGUAUAUAUUAGAAUAUUGUUUACAACACUGCAAAAAAUAUAUAGACAUAUAUUGCCAAAUAAUUUCGCAAAAAUUGUUCAUGCUCUGUAAAAUAUUUAGCUAAUUCUAUACUGCAGAGGAAAUAUAUAUUAGAUUUUGAAAUGUUCAUAGCGAGAGAAUAAAUUAUGGUUUAUACAUUUUUUUUUUUUUUUUUUUUACUUUUACCAUUGUAUAUUUGAAAAUUAGUAACAUUUUAACGUUUAUAUAACAUUUUUUCUUUUCAUAAUCACAAUUUUUUUUCCUAGUAUUUAAUGUAGUCAUCUACAUUAUCGCAAUUAUUUUCGCAUUUCUAUAACCGUAGCAACAUAAAAAUUAACCAUAAAAAUGGUAGUAUGUUAAUAUUUCAAUCAAACAAUCUUCACCGAAUUGAAUCGAUGACUUCUAAUAUUUAUUAACAAAGCGUUUUUAUUUGUUCUACUAUUCAUACAAAUUAAAGAUACAUAUUGUUAAUUCAUAAACUAUUAUUAUCGUCGUCAUAUUUAAUUCGAAAAUCGGAGAUAUAUAGCUGCUGUAUGAGUAAUACGUUUUUUAAACAAUGUUAUCUGAAAAUAUUUUCAGUAUCCCAUUAUUCAUCCUGAUGUCGUAUUCGGAAAAUUACAGUAUGACUCGUUAAAAAUCAUUUUAUAAUAUUAUAUUAAGUGAUAGUUUAUCAUAAUGAUAAUAUUAUAUCAAUCGAAUAAUAUUAAAUAUCCGAUGGCGAUGAUGCGAUUUUAUAUGCGAUUCUUCACAAAAAUAUAUAACAUAGGAAUGUACAAUAUCAUGGUAAAGUGAUAAAAUAAUGAUAUCGUGUAGCGAACAACUUUUUAUUAAUGGUAAAGUCUGCAGCGGCGGUAAUCUGAGUUGCGAACGUCAUUUUUCACACGACCGACGAACCGUUUGUAUUUCGCAUGAUUUAUAAUUAACAUGCAAUAGGAUUUUUAUUACCCCCCGCCCUCUAAAAAAAAAAAAAAAACGACGAAAAUCCGCCUUUUGAGCGUGCCGGUAACGCUUUCAUCUCGUAAAAUGCAUUCCCUUAUUUAUAAUACUACAUGUUGAUUCGCCAUCGACAUUUUGUUAUUAAUAGGUAUUGUAUAUGGGUAUAUGUGUACGGUUAUUUAUAACGAUCGCGCGUAUGCGUAACGCAUAAUAAUAUUUAAAAAUAAAAAUAUAUUCUCGUUUUAAUGGACGAAAAGCGACAGAAGACCGGUUUUUUUUUUUUUGAAAAAAAUUCUAUGCCGAUUUAUAUUAUAACAUUAUUGUAAAAAUUACUAUAGAAAAAAAAAAAAAAAACGAAUUUUCGCGUUAAUUUAAUCAUUCGCUUUGCUCCGCGCACUGCAACAGUGCAAUUUAUUAUAAUAAUAUUAACCGGCUUUAUGAGCGCGCGAAACAAAUGAUCUGGUGUACAUAAACUUCUUCGCGAACAACUCAUAUACAUAGCAAAAAAAAAAAAAAAAAGAAGAAGAAAAAGGAGCUCUUUGAAAUUGUUAACUACCUAUAUACUAAGCUGUACAGCAAUUGUAAUUAAUUAUUCUGUCUGUUGUAAGUUGUCGUUAUACUAUAUUAUUAUCUCAAACACACAUGACCAUUACGAAAGACUACAUCGCAUCACACGCCAUUCGAGUUUACGAAUUUUUUUUAUUUAUUUAUUUUUUAAUGUUUAAUUCUUAUUGUACAGUGAAAGUGGUUAUGUGCGAAAAUUAAAUGCACGCCGCAAUGUAUUAGCCGUUACCUAUACUUAAUGCAUCUGCGCAUCGGACAAUGAGUGGCGCGCGCGUAAUCAUCAAAUUAAAACGAAUAAUUUUCAUUUUUUAAAUAUCUACACUUACACAUGUCUUUUGAUGUAAAACACAUGUCUCGUAGAGUUUUUUGUUUCGCUUUUUGACAUCUGCGGCUCCGAAUAUUAUUAGAUAAAAAUGGGCUUCAAUGAGACUUAAAAUGUUCCACAGUUAAAGUAUAAUUGUAACUCCUUCCCAAACAAAUUUGAGAUUUUUAUGAAUUUUACGUCAUGCGCGUAUUAUGUAAUUUAUUGUAAUUAAAAUACAUUUCUCCAUAAUUUUAAAUACGUGCAGUAAGUCGUGCACUUCGCCUAAAUAAUAAUUUACUAUCACCUGCAAAACCUGUUCGGAAAUUCGUUUGAAAUUCAUAGCCCCCCUUCCCGAAAAUGAAUCCUAUUUACACCACAGGUAGGGAGAAGUUUUCGUUUAUGGAUAAAAUUGCGAAAAUUUAAAAACCAUUUAAGCUAUAUAUUUAAUAUGUAAAUACGAUAACACGUUUCGGUGAACCAAUUUUAUUUUAUUUUACAUUAAUAUGAUUCUGUCAAUUCUGCCCUUUUUUUUUUUUUUAUAGAAGUUUGGAAGAUAUUCUUUAGUCAAUUAUAUAAAACUUAUAUGUUUUAAAGUUUUUUUUCAUUUUAAUUAUAAUUUGAAAUUUAUUCAAAAAUUAUUUUAUUGUACAUCAUGUGAAUAUAAAAUAUCGAAUGUCUAAUAAUACAAUUCACUGACAAGCGUUAUCAAAAAUGAAAAAAAAUAAUUGUUUUUGCCGUUCCCGUAGGAAAUUUAUUUUUGCUCACAUUUUAAGGAGGGUUAUAUAUUGUACACAUAUUAUAUAAGGCUAGGGAAGUAAAUUCGCCCACAGACUAUUUAAAUUUGUCUUUAUUCACAUCCAAGCAAUUUUAUUAUGUAUAAGUUUAAGUCUUUAUUUGUAAUUUAUUGAGCGGAAAUUUCAAGAUAUCUGUUGUAUUUAAAAAACGAAUUAUUUUGAAUAUGUUUAACAAGUAGCCGGUAUUUGUAAUUAUAUUCAAAUAAAUUUAAAAGGAAGUAUUAGAAUACGUAUUUAAAUAAGUAUUCAAAAAGGCAUUCUGGAUAAUUCAGAAAAGUAUUUUUAAAAAGACUGCGUCCUAAAAAUAGUGAACAGGCGUCUGCCUUUAAAAGGCAUAAUAUUUUGUUUAGUGUAAACAUAAAAAAAAAAAUGUUUAUAGUGUGUGGACCGGGGAAAAAUACGUUUUACGCGACACGCGACCGUCUUCUGACUAUAAUACGCGAAUAAUAAAUCCGAAUUUGCCUAUAAUACAUACAUUGUCGUACACCUAAAUAAUAUAAAUAUUUUAAAUAUUUGAAAAAUGCAAAAAUAAUAAUAAUCGGAGUAGCGAACAAUGAGGUGUGGAUAGAAAAAAAAAAAAACCGUAAACGUAUCGCGUGCACGCAGAGGACACUCUAUUUGCACACAAAAACCGCGUAUACGUAUUAAUUUCGGUGCGCGCAGGCGGGCACGUGAUUGUGAUGGACGACAGCGAACCUGUCCCCGGGACAAGACACUGAAGGAUUGUCGUCGCCGCGUGUAUACAGGGUGAUUUUUUCUUUUUUUUUGUAAAUUUAACCACGAACCAACGAUUAUUGACUAUAUAGUGAUGUAGACUCUAAAGCGAAAUCGGGCUAGAGGAGCUUUAUAGGGAGUGAAUUAUUGUGGUUUUUUUGUUUUUCAGGACUUUAAAAAUCUACAAAUUUCCUUUGUAUAUUUACAUAUAAUUCAAGUUUGUCUUAAUCAAUUAUUUUAUUUAAUCACGUAUUAAAUGUCUCUCCGUAAAUACUGAAACAACACUGAAUUAUAUCUACAUGAACACGGAUAUGAAAUGCAUUAUUACGCUUCCCUAUCCCUCGGGUCAACAAUUGUAAGCUGUUAUUACUCGCAUAACUCAUAGACGGUAUAAUUAAAUCCGAUACGACGCCGUAACGAAAGUUUUCCAAUCAUAUUAUCUUAUUUCAAACACGAGUCUAAAAACGGUUUGCGCUCAAUGGAUUUACGGACACAAACAUUUUCGAUCUGAUAACUGAAAACAAAAAAUUCAAAUCGCUGGUUCGUGCAGGCCAUUUCAAUCGCCCUGUAUAAUAUCAUUCAUAUACACUAAACAUGUGCGUUCACCCGGGGCCACCGGAUCGUCGCCGUCGUCGUCAACGCGUAUAAAGAAAGGACGCUAAAAAAUAUAAUAAUAAUAAUAAUAAUAAUAACACACAAUAUCGGACGACGGCGAGACCGGUCAUCCAGAAUCAAUAAUAGGAUCAAAAUUUGUUUUUUUGUUUUUUUUUUUUUUUUCUUUUGAGUCAAAAAGGUGACGACGAGGAAAAAGCGACCCGAGUGAAAUAUUAUAUUAUAGGUUUAUCAUCAUUGUUUGAAAAGAAAUCGGAUAGAGUGCGUGUCAAAUUCUUCAUGGCCGAACAUCAUCGCUAUAAUAUAAUAAUAUUAUUAUUUUAAAUUCAUUUCUCUACCCGCAAGAGAAUUAUUAUUAUUAUUAUUAUCUAAUAAUGUGUAUUAUUAUCUAUAUUACUAUUACCUAUUAUUAUUUUCAUUUAUACGCUCGUCUGGGCGCAAUGACGGCGACGGAUGGCGUCUCGACCGAAUACCUUGGCCGCGUCAGCAGCAGAACUCUCGCGCAUUCGAAAUUAUUGUUACUUCACAGUUCUGUAAUAUUAUUCUUAUAAUAUACAGCCGGGUAGGUACAUCGAAAUUAGCGGCGUGGUUUUCUUCACGUGUUUUCGUUUUUGGCGUUAAUAAUUAUUAUUAUAGCCAUUAUAAUCGCAUGCACGCAGCCGUUUUACAGUACGAACAGAUUAUAAUAUAUUAAAUCGCGUCAAAAUAUUCUGCAGAUGACGUAAUGAAAAUACUGUCUAUAAACAUAGAAAAAAAACAAUAUUAAAAAGACAUACUAAUGAUGGGUGUGCCACUGUCACUGUGUGAGAGGAGUUGGUACAGAGUAAUUUAAUUUAUACGACAAUUUACGCGACGAUAAACCAUUGCUAACGAAAAAGCGAUUAUUAUAGCAAAUUGUUAUCUAUUAGUUGUAUUUUUUUUUACCGUUUAGACAGUUUUUCCUACUUUUAGAAAACUACGAGGAACAUUCAAAAAAUCGACUUCCUCGAAAUCAAAAAUUCUAAAAGAAAGUUCCGGUAACAUUUUUGAUUGAAUCGAGACUUCCUGUAGAAAAGUUAUAGAAAUAAGAAUCUAGGACAAAAUUCCGUAAAAAAAUCUUCAAUAUUUUCGAAAAUAAUAAUUUAGUUUUUUUUAGUUUUUUACCAAAAAAUAAAAAUAAAAUUCAAAUAUACAUAUUUAUAGACCUUGUCCCUAGGAGUGAUAUGCAUAAAAAAAAAAAAAAACAGUAGAUAGUUACAUCCGCUUUAUUUGUUUGUUUAAGAUUUGGAGUUUGGCGAGAGAUCUAUUGGUUUUUCUUAUGUUUUGUGUUUUUUAAUUGUUAUUAUUAUUUAUUUAUUUUUUUUUUUUUUUUUUGUGGGAUUUCAACCGGGCGAGAUUUUGUCCCGACACUAUAAUAAAUAAAAACACAUAGGUAGUAAAAUCAUGUAUGUAUAUUUCUCAUUUCGUUCAGAAUAUAAUAACUGAUUUUCAAAUUCGUGGGAUUUCUAACGUAUACCUAUCGUCAUAUUGUUCAUUAAACCAUUUUCCCCAACAAAAUAUUAGUCAUUUUGUAAUUAUUAUUAUUAUACGUGUUAUACAUAUGGGAGUUACGCGAUAAUUCAAGCAUACAAGUUGGCGGUUGCGAGGAGAAAUACUAUUACAUACAUUUUUUUUUUUCGUUUAUUAAAUCCUUAAGUUUGCGUAUGUUAUUAUACGAAUGGUCGAUGACCUAGAGCAGAAGUAAUUGUUAGUUGUACUAGCUAUACUAGCUUAUAUACGGGACAUAAUAAUAUAUAUUAUGGUAAUAAUAAAGUCAAUUUUUAGAUUUUACGUCAUUUUACUUACCGUCUCUAAAAUAUAUGUUUAAAUAAUAUAAUAUAGGUGCCUACAUUUAAAGUGAUUAUUAUUUAUUCCGAACAUUUUAGAUUCAUAGCGCAGCGAUGAAUGUAUUGGUUUUACUAGGUAUGGUGUGUGUGUGUGUUUUUUUUAUUAUUUAUUGGGUCUAUAAACUACUCAAAUGGCUCAUUACAGCAACAAUCUGCGCAAUAAAAAAAAAAAAACAAGCGAGUUUUCUUUGUAGGUAGAGAUUUGGAUCUAGUUAGCGUAUUGAUGUGGUCAUUUUAUAAGCGUUUUAAAAUUUUUAAAAAUUUUGACGAAAAUCGUAAACUUACAUAACCAUUUUCCCACCUAAAACAGUGGCGUACACGUCUGUAGUAUUAGCUCUUUUUUUAUUUUUUCAAGAAAAUGUAUAUACUAUAAAAAACAAUUCCAAGAACGUAUUAUAGAGCAUAAUACGUAUAUAAUGACAUUUAUUUUGUGAAAUCUAUACCUACAGAAUAUAUUAUUAUUGUCGUAUAAAAUAUUAUGUCGAAUCGAGUAAGCCGAGACACGUCGUAUCUACCUGUACAUAAAAUUGAAAUAUAUCGAUUUCAUUAUAACCGCGUAUCUCUAGAUAGGUAUAAGUAUCUGUAAUAAUAAUUUACAUAUAGUAAAUUGAGUAUUUUUUCGCAUCUCGAAUACCCGAAGAGUAUAUAAACCUAUCUGUGUAUUAGUUUUCGGUAUUCGUUCACAUUUCAACGAACAGCAUCCAAAAUACCUGCGCCAAAUGAUAUUAUUCCUAAUACGUCGCCGUGAAAUCGCGCAGAGUCCUCGACGUAGUUUUAUUCAAUUCCUUUUCCGCGGCAAUAUUAUUAUUAAGUAUGGCAUAUUAUAUUGCCUUUGUUCAUUCGUAAAUGCGUAUGCUGAUGAUUCAAUAGUAAAAACUCAAUCGACAAAACGUUAUCGCGAUAAUAAAACUAUGACGUUAUGAGUAUACAGUAUUUAUCUAAUUCAUAUUUAUUACCGAAAUACGAUUGUCGAAAUCACAUUAAAAUAUAUCAUUCACUAUAAAUACAAAUGAAUAAAAUAAUAAUAAUAUAUAUAUUAUUUCGUCUUUCGAUUGAAAUAUUAUGAUAUUACGUGUUGCACAGGCAUCGUGUAUUAUUUUUUAUAUCUAUAAAACAAAUCAUCACAUCAUCGAAAUUUCUUAUUUCCGAUGUUAUGUAACCGCUUUGAAUAGACCGCCUAUACAAAAAAAAAAAAAGGAAAUAAUGUUAUCUCUCGUAAACACGCAUAUUCAUGUUUCAUUCUAUGUCCGUAUUAUAAUUAACAAUAUUAGUGUAAUUUCUUGAUAAUUAUUAUUAUCAGAUAUUAUCAUUUGUAACUGUUUAAACGUUAUUAUCAUUAAUUGUAUACAAAUACCGUUUUUCAGCUGCAGGUUAUAAAUAAAAAGAGCAAAUAAAUCGUUCGCACAUAUUGUAUUAGUACAAUAUGUAACAAUAAUUAAUGAACUCUCGAACGAUCGCGUUAUAUUUAACGGAUAAUCAUGUUUUUUUUUUUUUUUCGUUUCUUUACUAUAUUGUUAUAGCAUACGUGUCAAACAUAAUACGUUUUAUAAUAUUAUGUAUAUUUGUACAUGUACACUAAUAUAUAUAUUAUUUGUGCAUAUUAAAUUAUAUUAUAAGUUGUAACGAGUGGAAUUGUAGGUAGUUUGAAGUUGAAAUGUCAAGAGCGACAUAAAUGGGUCAAACAGAUGAGAGUAUAAGUAGGUACACGACCCUUCCGGUAAACUCCUGCGCGUAACUCGAUAUACGUAACGAUUGAAGCCGUACAUCUAAUAUAUUAUUACGAAAAAUGAGGAACGGUUACCCUAACCUACAUUUCCAUUGUGGACACAUUGUUAUAACUAGGGACCGAAUUUAUGUGCACAAAAAAUCUUCAAAAUAUGCUUCUAAAAAUACUGUAAUAUGCUAUAAAAUAUGUACUUGAAUAUGCACUUAAAAUUAUUUAAUCUACAAAUAUGCAUUUAAUAGGUAAAAACGUUGAAAUAUGCAAAAUAUACAAAAUAAAAUUAGUGUUAUUUUAAUAAGAAUUAUCUAAAUCUGGGACAAUACUCAUCAGAUUUCAAAAAGCUAAUUCCAAUACAUAAAUGCAUUUGCAUAUAAAUCCGGUCCCUAGUUAUAACAUUUUCAAAAUAUGAAACGAGAAAAUAGUAAACUGCUACAAAACUAUUAUAGCAAGGCCGGGCAAGUUAACUGAUUUUUAACUCGAUAAGUUAAGUUACUUUUAUUUUUAUUAAUCUUGUAUAAGUUACAAGUUAAUUUAAAAAAAGGAACUUAACUUGGUUAAAAAUGAAUUACUUUUUUCGUAUAAAACUAAUAAUUAUACAUUUUAUUAAUGCUUAAUAAAUAAUAUAGGUAUUUAUUUAUGUUCAACGAUAAAAUCUAACAGUUGAAAUAGAAUAUUAUGGCUUAGAAAUCAAUGAGUAGUUUAAUAAUAAUCCACCUACCGACUGUGUUGCUAAAUAGUUUAUUUAUUUAUAGUGUUAUACCUGUAAAUCUAAUUUCUUUGAAUGGAUACAAAUAAAUAAUGCAUAGUGAAUAUACAAACGUGUAUACUGUCAUGAAAAAUUGUAUGAAAUGUGUAAUUUCUUAUUAUAAGUAUCGUGUGAAGGGGAUUUCGGUACAGUAUCCCCAUGAGUCUAUAAUUUCAGUGCCCCCAAAGUUUGUGGUCAUGUUACGCUUAUAACGACUAUACCUAUAUUUUGUGAUUAGGCAUAAUAUAAUAUUAUAAAUUAUUAUUUAUUACUUAUAAUGUCUUACUCGUUUUACAUAUUUUGUAUGCAUAAAAUUGUACUUGAAUAGGUACGUAAUACGUUAUUUUGAGACCUAUAGAUUAAGUGUAUUUGAUAUUUUUGACAAUUAUUAUUGUUUUAUUUUAAAAAUAAUAAAAAGUAAUUUGACAAAACAAACUGUCAUUUUAUUAAAUGUAUGGGUGAAAUCUAAAGAAUUUAACAAAAAAAAAAUAUGAUGACUAUAAAAUAAAUUAACUCGUUAAGUUAGAAGUUGCUUUUUUAAAAAAAAAAAAUAAAAGUAACCUGUUAUGUAAUUAAAUUAAAAAUAACUUAAUUUUAACUUUUCAACUCGUUAAUGCCGCAGACUUGCAUUAUAAUUGGUUAACUGAUUAUAUACAAAAAUAAAAUAUUAGCAAUACUAAAUAAAUCGGUUUUUAAACUCUCAGAGUUAUUAUUAUCUCGAUUAGUGUAAUACAGUUUAAAAUUUGAGUAAAUCGUCAACUAAUACGAAUAUAUUAUUUUAUUAAAUAAUUUAUACGAGUUGGAUUUCAGUGUUAAUAAUGUGAACGUGUUUCUCCCCCUAUCUGCGAACAAAUUUUCCUCUGACAAUCUCGUCAACCUCAGGAGUGGUUAGUAUAGUAACGUUUUGGGUCUGAAUUUCGUCGCCGGCCGUUAUUUUUUUGUAUACGAUAGUUUAUGCCCCAAAAAAUCUAAUAUUAUACAAGUAUAUUAUAGUCUCAAUGACAAUCAAAUUAUCAUUCGCGUGUUAUUAUUAUAAUGAUGCAGUCGGGAGAAAUCGCUAUGCGACAAUAAUAGUUGUCAUCGUCAUCGUUGUAUCCAUUGCACCUUAAUAUUAUUUUAUAAUCUACUUCACAACUUCAAACAUCCGCAAAUAAUAUUGUACGGCGAACUGCGAGGAUUUUCGUAAACAGAGUGUCUUACGGAUAUCUGACAAAUGCAAUAACAAUGCAAAUAUUUACUAAUGGUGAACUGUUAAGUUUUUACAAUUUUUUGAAGUUAAAUAAAAUGACUAACAAAAUUAUUUCCAACCGAUAAAUGGUAAACAGAAAUGAUUGAAAUUAUUUUUUUUAAACUUAACGAUAAUUUAUUUGUUUUUAUCUCCACUAUGAAAAUUAUAUCAAUCAAGUCGCCAAAUUUCACAUACAAAAUAAUUGUGUUAAUGAUUUUUGAAAUCUUCAAAAAAAAAAAAAAAUUAUAGAAACUGAACGAUCGUUAAGUUUCUAUAAUUUCUUAAUUUUUUUAUAAUCCAUCGUCAUUAAUAGAUAUUUGUAACACCAGAGGUUUGUUUCAAAAUAUAUUUACAAAAUGGUCAUCUUGGAUUUUGUACAAAUAAUUUUUUUUUUUCUUUUCGUUUGAAAAUUACAUAAAAUAUAAUUAAUACAACGCGAGGAUUUUGUAAUUAUAACAAGGAAUAAAAACUUAGAAAUAUCGAACACGACAAAAUGUAUUGCUGUAUCUCCGUGGGGCACCCUGUAUACUAUACAGUGUAUAGCAUCAGCGUUAUGAUAAUAUUAUUAUUUAAUUAUCGCGCGGAUAUACGUGCAAUCCGCAUUGGUAUAAUUGCGGUCAAAAUAAUUAUAAACGUGUUAAUAUUAUGAUAGAAUGUUAAUCAAUUUAUAACGACUUAUUGCAAAAUGGGUUUCUUUUUUUUUUUCUUUUUUUUUUCUAGACAUAACGCCACCGCCGACGACGAUUUUCUUCGAUAACAAUCGCAUAAACUUUGUGUUACAACUUUCUAAAAUUAUGUACGGCAAUCGAAUAAAACUUACAAUUCUGCAAUACGUAAUUCUCGCAAUAAUAAUGUAUACGAUUCCCGUUUUAAUUUCAACGAGUCGUGGACAAUUAUAUCAUUAUUACAGCGAUUCAAAUAGGAACCGACGACGACGCCACUACGCGACUUAAUGGAUCCACCGUACCCGGCACAACCCAAUAGCCCACCCAUCGUAAUUGUAUGGUACGACGUUACGCGGAACGCACUUAAGGAAACCGAAUUCGAUAUCGAAUUCGAUUUCCGUAUAAAUAACUGUUAUGCAACGAGUUUCGGAAAUUCUGAGCCUAGGGAAAAAUCUAUAAUAAUUGUAACGCAGUAAAACUAAUAUUUGUUGGUUUUUUCUCCAUUUCGGUUUAGUAAAAACGCUCCGAUUUUUUUAUAGGUUUAUACCGUUCCUUAUAAAAAAUUACGGAUUUUUCGUUUAACGGUACUUUUUUUUUUUUUUUUUUUUUAAAAAAAACGAUUAUCAAAAUUCCUCGUACUUUAUCCGAAAAUUGUACCUAUUUGGUUUUCGAGACCGUUUCUGAUUGUAAAAUUUUGUUUGUACAGACAGGAAAUACACAAACCAUAGUGAUACGUUCCUCGCUCAGUGUUUAAAAUACAUCCGUUUUUUUUCUUAUACCCGCCCGCCCGACUAAAUUUUAAUGGCUCUACCGAUUUGAACAUGUACCAUAACUCGGCCGAGUAUCAUAUCAAGUCAUAUGCGUAAACCAUGAUGGAAUCCGUUUCCGAAACUAUUAUCGUUUUCAGUUUAUUGAUAGUGUUAGUUCCGGCUGCUCGACGAGACGCUCGCUCGUCCGGGACAUGUCCGCGGUUUGUUUUCUCGAGAGUUUUCGUAUUAUUGCGAGUAUUGUCGUACAGUUGUACGGUUUCGUUUCUCGUCAACGAGCCGCACGUCAUUCCGUACAAUUUCGUAACACGACCGUCCCUAAAACCGAAAAAAAACGAGUGUGACGUUGUUGUUUUGGGACGGCGGCGGUGUUUGCGUAUAGGUAAUAACUAAUAAUAAUAUUAUCGGUGGCGGCGAAAUGGGCGUGCGGCCGGAGCGGUUUACAUAACGAGAAACGCGUUACGCCGAUGAAAACUUCUACGCGCGCGCGCACACCCGGUAUACCCACUACCUCGGGGGCAAAUCAUUCAUAAACACAUUCCGACUGCAUAGUUUUUAUGUGUGUGUGUGUGUGUAUGUGGAAUAUUCAAAUAGCACACGCCGGCAAUCGUUAAAAAGAAUAUAAUCUAUUGCGGCGGCGGUGACGACGGUGGAAAGGACGAAGUGUUGAAAAAAAAAAAAUAGAUAUAUUUAUAUACACGCAUAACAUACAAACGCCCGAUAGAAAUGCGAAGUAUUGUACCGACUGCGGAGUCAAUUAACUGCCUUCGCCACUGUGUGUGCGCGCGCGCGCGUGUGUGUGUGUGUGUGUGUGUGUUAACUUAUUGCCGUUCGAAACAAUUUGAAGAGCAAAAGAAAAAAAAAAAAUCACCUACAUAAAUCAACUGCGAUCGUACGGGACCGUAAUAAGAAUAAAAUAAUAUAUCGAAUCGAAACCGCGAAAACUUGUUUUGUAUAAUAUGGAAGCUGACGAACGGAGAUAGAGAAAAAAAAAAUGUUUUGGCACGACAACACGAUGUUUUCGGGCCGCGUAUAAUAGAGAGGAGAGGAAACGGGGAGAUGAUGGAGAGAGAACGAGAGAUGUGAUGCGAUCGAAAUAAUAUUCGUCCGGUUUUCGUAACGUUUUCGCGAGGCGAUACGUCAGUCAAUAAUAAUAAGCGAGAAUAUUGGCACGUGUGUAUUCUUGUGUACCCGAGUACAAGUCGUUCACGAAUCGUUUUUUUUGGGGGGGGCACGUGAAUGUCGACGAUCGUGAAAAUUGCAUUAAGGCCACCUCCGUCGUCGUGAACCUAUUUUACACCUACUGCAUUAGUUUCGCGUGCAGUCGUGUUCGAUGCACAGCAGCAUGUGUCAUCCGAGGUCUUCAUCGGACAUAGAAUAAUGAAAAAAUUAUCCUAUAUUAUAUACAUUAAUGUAUACCGGAAACAGGUAAAACGACUAUAUUUCGCUGGUGAAUCUCGUCCGGACACUCUCGAGCAACGGAAAAAUCCCAAUCGAUACUGAAGUGUAUACGAGUUCAAUCGGUCAAAAUUUCGUAUUUAAAAUUUAUUUAACGGAUCCGGAUUAUUCCGACGAAUCCGGAUCGGUCGAGAUUAUACGGAUUGUUACCAUUUGUUUUUCAAGCCGAAUUUCGAUUCGAUCCGGAUCAAGCGUUCGACACUAUAAUCAUUGCUAUGAACGUCUGACGAAUAUAUUAUUGUUGUUAGUCUCGUGACGCGUGUGCAGUGUGCAAAAUCUCCGAGAAAACAGGAAAACGAAUCGAAAUCCGCGGUUGUUCGAACGGAAAAACGGAAACGCCAAAUAAUACGGUUUUUUUUCUCCGCUCUCGUCUCGGUCAUUCCGUCCGUGGCGCAUUUGACUCCCGCGUUGACGAGCGCCGCCGCAGUGCGUUAUUGUAACGAAAACGGCGCGCAGUAGUUACAAUAAAUCGCCGCGCGUUCCGCGACUGUCGCGUUGUAAAACCGGAAGUCGCGAAAACUUUGUACGAUCGUUUAUGCGUACGCGGGUCCGUCGUACAAAUAUAUUAAAUAUAAAUCACGAAAACGAGGAACUGAUCGUGGCGGAUUGCGGCGAUGGGUCGCGGAGGAAAAUCGUUUACGUCGGCGUCACUUUACGGCACGGUUGAACGCGUGUACGCGUUCGCCGCGAAAACCUCGCGUCGCCGUAAGGGUCCGAAGACAUUAUCAUCGCGGCGAACAAGGUGUACGUACACGAAAAGUGGCAGCGACACGCGUUCUCGCGGCGCGACGAUUCCGAUUUACAGCGAUUACCAUUAUUAUCAUGUGGGCACCUCUACGCGUUAACACGGCGGCGUACAACGCGUACCGGGUGCACGGUCACGUUUUAAUCGCGGCCCCGGUACAACGUCGUGUGGACAUAAUGAUUGGGUCGCGAAAAGUGCACCCGAAUGAAAUGCCCAUCUCGGAAACGGGCGGCGACCCCUGUCGCGGGCGCACGCGCUGUAAAUACCACGGUAUCUCAUCACCGAUGGUUAUUGAUAACGACGACUGGUUCUCGGGCACGGUACCGCCCGCCGCGGCGACCUUCGCCGCGGGAACAAUGCGCUCGCGUUCUGCGUUACAAUACCACUACGCGCGGAUUCCUUUAUAGGAAAUACGUUAAAAUGCCCCUGUUCGCCGCACACGUAUGUAGAGGCACUUGGCUUUGCUACGCGUUUUAAUAGCGAUUCAAUUGUAUUACGUUACGGGACAUCGAUGGUAAUUAACGAUCUCGUUCUCUCCGCCGUUUACUGUCGUCGGCUAAUCUCUUCGAUUCGCUGUAGUCUUGUAAGGUCACGCAUCAGAAAUCAUCUUUUUGAUACGGCGAUGUUCUCGGUCGUGCUCGGUCCCUUUUGCCGUUUAUCCUCGCUUCCAUUUCACCGUGUAAAAGCGCGCCUGCGUGUUCCUGAACUCUUCCGUCUCCCGACUUAAAUCGCACUGAAAACGUGUCUAGUUUCAUUUGUUUAGCUAUUAGUGUGUGUCGUUCUCCGUUCUGUCGUACUGACUCGCGUCACUCGCUUCUCCGACGCCACACCUCGGAAGAAAGAUUUUCUCCCGAUUCGUUCAACACUCCAGUUUCACAACCGUGAUAAUAUUAUUUAGCGCCACAUUUUUUAUGGACAUAAUUUACUUUAACCGAACACUUUUUCACCCCUAUAACACACAAAGUUAUUAGAACACGGCGAGUUCAAAUAUAAAUUGUAACAUUGUAUUUAUCCGUCGACCCACUCAUAUUAUAACAAUUAUGUACACAUUUUCGCUUUGAAGGAAAUGUUUGUUUCGAAGAAUUGGGAUUUUGUCGGUGGCGACGCCCUUUUGGUUUGCACAACGGUGUACCGUUAAUGAUACCGAUACAAUUUUAUUACGCCCGCCUUUUACGACGAAAUCAUAACCAAUUAUUUUGAACUACCCCGCAAUCCAAUCAAUAUGUAUAUUUUACAUUGUACAGGUUAUUGGGUGGGUACACCGCGCGGAAAUCCAUGCGAUUGGCGCCGUGCGGUGCAGUAUUUCAGGUAUGAACCGUCAUCCCGCGUGUGGAAUAUAAUUAGUUUCGAAAAGAAAUUUCGAUUUUCGCAACGCGACCUAUUCUAAUAAAAAAAACCGUUACCCACCGUCGCUGCAGCGCGUGUGUAACGAAUAAAAACCGAUAAAAAUAAACCGGAUUUAAUUUUCAAAAUUUUUUUUUUUCGUCUUAUACAUAUAGGUAGUGUCCCGGAAUAACUCAAAUAUUAAUAUUAUAAUAUUAAGUGGAUGUUAAUAUAUUAUAUGUAUAAAUACUCAAUAUAAUUUUUUUUUUUUUACGGGCUAGUUAUUUCCUCGACGACUGCAACAGUGCAGAUCGUAAUCGUGAGAAUCGUCGUACUAUUAUUUUGUCGAUCAUUUACGAGUGUUUUAUAUCUACUUGCAAAACGUAUCGCGUACCGUAAUUUAUCAUAAAUAACGCGUGUAGGUACGUUAUAAAAAAUAGCGAUUAAUCAAAACGUCAGUGUAAUAUUCUUUGUCCGCGGUGCGCAUCGGUCGAUGUGUCUGCGCCGGUGCCGACUUCGCGAGUAUCGUACUGAAAGACGUGGUGUGUAUACCGUAGUUUGACGACGAAUUUUUCGAAUAUACAUUAUGACGAAGGCGUAUUUACGGGAAGGUGGAGAUACGAGGGAUAAAUUUCCCACAAAGAUCUUUUUAUAUUUUAUAUAUUUAUUUUUUUUUUUUUUUAUGAUGCCAAUUAGAAGGUAUAUGCAUUUUAAUAGGUUACUAAUUUUUUUUUUUUAUUUUUACUUUUGAAAGAUAAAACUAUCUAAAUAAUAGGUAUAGUACGAAAGAAGUAUAAUGUAAUUAUUUAUACAAACUUUAAAUCAUUUAAAAAUACAUGUAUUUUGUGGUUAUAAAUAAACCAGACUAUAAAAUGUGGGUUGGAUUUCCUGUCUUAUCCAACAAAGAAUUCAAGUUAGCAAUAACAGGUGGAAUCAAUGAUUUGUGUUUGAAAAAAUAAUAAAACUCGAAUUUAUAUUACACGAAUUUAUCAAACAAAGUAAAAUUGAAUGUAUUAUUAUAAGAUGCAUUACAGAAAAAAUUUGAGCCUCUCCAAAAAAAAAAAAUGCAUAUUCCAUGACCCCCUCCAGAAAAUCCUAUAAUAUACGCCUCUUCGCAUUAACGAAUCUGCGUAGGUCUAUAUGUUACCGUGUCUGUGUAGACGAUCGAGGAAAGAUCGACACAAACCAGUACGGCACUGACCGCGAGAGGCUGGGUGUGGGGGAGAAGCGUAUAUAUACGAUACUGGUCCGGGAGGGUUGCGAGGAUAUAUUUUUAUAGUGCGAUGUAUGUGUAAGAACGGUAAUGCCAUGAUUUUUUUUUUUUUUUUUUCCAUUAGACCAGUCACGAGCCAGAUGUUGAUCACCUGCCUCCGGUUUGGUAGCUACAAUAUAUAUACAUGCAUAUAUAUGUUUCAAAAUCCAACGCGCUUGUAAUAUUAUAAUAAUAUGUAUAACUGCAGCGCCGUUGCAUCGGCCACGGUACCAUCACCACACCGUUAUUGCGCGCGUAAAUUACAAUAAUGUUAACAGCCGAGACAUUGGGGGAGGGUAUAAUGUUAAAAUUAACAGUUUGGCAUGCAGACUCGAAAAGAAAAACAACAGAGUAUUUUAUAAUAAACUAAACACGUUUAAAUUUUUCACCGCACUAUACUUCAAACGUCUAUAAAUAGUAUACCUAUAUAAAUACAAUGACGCCAUAUUUUUGUACGCCCCCGAUUCGUCGUCACAUCCCGAGACCCGUACAAAAGUCUUUUCUUCCCCAUAUAUUUACGGGCUGAUAUUUUAUAUUAUAGUAGUGAUGGGAACCUCGUAAACUCGGAGGAACAAAGACGCAUGUCGAAUCACCCUCUUCUGUAAUAUAACGUCGGCAUGACUAUACGAGGUUAUUCGAGUGGAAAUGUCUAUUUCUUUUAUCGAAAUUUCAGUUACAGGGGUACAGGUGUACAAAAUGUGUAAACGGCUGUGUACACGAGUUUAUAACAUACCAACGGGAACAGUGGGGUUCAAUAUAUAUAUAUAGUACCUCAGUGCCGAAUACUGGUUCAAAUUUUUUACACAGAUUUUUAACUUCACAAAGGUCAAUCGAUGACACUCUCGCCUCGAAAUUAAAAUAAUAUAUUAUAUUUCCGCGAUUCACAAAUUGCACUUUGACCUCCCUGUUAAUGAAAAUCACACGUGUAUACACUACUUAUACUUUAAAUAGUAAAAAGUACUUUAAAGUAUACUUUAAAUAAUAUCUGAUCAUAUGCAGAGUAAUCAACAUAACAUAACAAGACACUCAUUAUCUCGGAAAGUAUUAACUUUUUUCAAUAUUUGUUCUUUAGACCAUUGAAGAGACGAACAGCUCUAAAAUGUUUCGUGUACCUUAUUUUUCGUCACCUUUAUUUUAGGGGAUGAAACUACUACCCGUUUUUAAUUUUCAAAUAGCAAAUUACAAGUUCACGGAGAAUACGGAAAUAACCGAAUACAUUUGUCGGCCAAAUAGUUUUUUGACCGUCAAAAUUACCGAAUAAACUGAAUAAACGAAUAGUUUUUCCACUAUCGAAUAGUUUUCGACAAUCAAAUAGUUUGAAUACUUUUUGACUAUUGGACAAUUUUUUUUACUACAGAAAUUUACCUAGUACAGAUUAAUUAUCGAAUAGUUCGGUAGUCAACAACUAUCCAACAUUUCGAUAGUGGCUAUACUCGAUAAUGCCCAUCACUAGCUGUUAAUUUUAUAUUAUCGACCUAUCAUCAAAGUUAGAUGUAUAGAAACAUUGUCUAUAUGUAUUAUAAUAUUCUUAUCUAAUAAUAAGUACCUUGAUAACAGGCCAAUUCACUCUAGUAUAAAAACUAAUAGCAUAAAAUCGGUUCUAUUGUACGAAAAUUUAAUAUUAUUUUGCAACUUUCAACAUUAGCCAUACCAUAUAUUAUAUAUAUUAACCAUUAUUUAUUUAUUUUUUGUCUCUCUCUCUCUCUCUCUAUUUCUCUGUGGUAACUAUAGCGUGUUGUUUUCCGAAGAUUCGACUCGCAAACUCGGCGACGGCGACGACGGUCGAAACAACAACGAUAUUCCGGUCAAGGGGAUUACGCAAAGUCCCUCGAAGCGAUCUGCAGGUUUCUUCUUAGAUACAUACAUAUUAUAUACCUGUACAAUAAUAUUACACUAGAAUCUCGGACAUGGUCGUCGUUUAUAAUAACACAUAAUGAUAAUAUUAAUAAUCGUGUGCUGCAAAAGUAUAUACUCUUAUAGGUACGUCAUCAAUAGGUAACCGGCUAAUGCAUAACACGCGUGAUUUUGUAAUGUUUUUUUUUUUUUUCUAAUGUCUGCCGCGCCUAUUUUUUUUUUUUUUACCAUAUUGUUAUUAUUUAUCGUCGUUCGUUCUUUAUAGUGAUCACCCGUUUUAUUAAUCGGUUUUUGUUUUUUAUCCGCAGGAACAUGCGAAUGUUUGAACAGCAACAGACGAAUGUCGAAAAGAAAACCGGCAAGCCGUUGGUGACACCGGACAUGGACGGUCGUUAUUACCAAACGGUCACUGCCGUUCCGGCCAUCGUUUUAGAAGAAAGUCCGAAAUCGGCCGAAGUCAAAAGAAGUGCGUAUAACUAUAAUGAAACACAUGAAUACACUACACUCAACAUAAACAUAAACAAUACGCCGUAUUUUUGUCAAAUUUUCCCUGAAAAUAGAGAUUAUUGCAUUGUAUUGUGCAAUGUAUCAUGCUAUGUAUAUACAUUUAUUUUUUCCGCUACUUUUGGACAUUUCUAGCGGCUCCCUCUGGCCCCAAAUUAGCACAGAUUCCGGAAUUAGUUAUCUAAAUUGAGAUGAAAUUUCAAUAUGAAUUUAACCAUACCGUUGCGGGCGGAGAGUGUUUUUUAGUUAUGCACACCCCUAAAGACUAUGGAUAGCCAAAUAAAAUCCGGGAGAUACAAUUUUGUAAAUUCAUCACAUGCAAUUUCAACUUUCAAUUUCCCCUAUUUUUCAACGAUCAAAUUUCACUAUUUUUUCGAAAGUAGUAUAGUAUUUUUAGUAUAAUAUAAUAUAGUGUUGUAAAUAUUUGUAUUGUUCGGUUAUUUAUGGUUUUCAAAAGUAUAUUUGUAUUAUACAAAACAGACAAGAGAAAAUUUGAUUCUAAUGAGGGAGCUUUGCUGCUCAUAAGUGUUUGAAAAUUCUCUUUCAUCAAAACACUAGACAUAUAAGAAUAGGGUGUCCCACGAAAAUAUACGUAUUGCAAUAACUCUUGAGAUAAUAAAGAUAAUCAAAUUCUUUUUUUUUUUUAUGUUACUCGUAUUACUAUAUUUACUCGCAAAAGGUAUAAAGACUAAAAAUAUUGAUAUUUAAAUUAAUUUUUUAAGUUUUGGUGAAAAAACUAAUAAGUUUACUUUUUUCUUGAUUAUUUUUGAAAAAUUUGAAAAUUUCUAUUUUGUAGUGUUUAUUUUUCUAAACAUUUGACAUACCAAUUUUUUAUUUCCAUUAAAUUCUUGAUUCUUGAAAAAUCGAUAAGUAAAUAGAGUCCACAUAAAAUGGCUAUCUAUACAUUUUUCGAAAAUGAUAAAAAAGAGUUAUUUUUUUAGAUUUUUUUUAUCAAAAAACAACAAUUUAACUCAAAUAAACAUAUUUGUAAUCCUUAUCCUUGCGAGUAAUAUAAAAACAAAAAAAAAAAACAGAAUUUGAUUAUCUUUAUUAUCUCAGGAGAUAUUGCAAUGGGUAUAUUCGUGCCUUAUGAAACACCUUGUAUGUAUAUAUAUAUAUAUCAAUAUGAAUAACGUUCGAAUUUGUGCAUUUUCACAUCUCAAUCAUCAUAAUAUAACAUUGAUAUUUUUGACUCGUGAAUGUAAUAUAUUUGUUUAAAAUGCGUUUCCUCACGAAGGCCGCAAAUUACGAUCGUUAAAAAGAUAAAAAGCGACGAGAUAUUUUUUUUUAACCAUAAAUUACCUAAGUUUUAAUAAACCACGAAUUAUCGAAUACGUUUCUUUUUUUUUUUAUUCGAAUUUAAUGUUAUUUCAACAUAGUAAUAUUAUAAUUUAUUACACUUUUCCUCGCUACAAUACCAUUAUAGGUACCCAUGUAUAGUGCCACUUAUUGUUACAUUUUCAUUAGACGUAUAAACAACACUUUAGGUACUCUCGGAAUUUCGAUUAUUUUAUGUUAUCGAUUUGUAGAACUCGAUAGUGACGUAUCCAAGAGGGAGAGGGCGGAGAGAUCUUCAUCACCUCUUUAUGGCUGCGUUAAAAUACAAACAGAUAUAAUACAAAUCAACUAUGUAUGCAAAUGAUUAUACUGCUUAAUUAUAUGAGUAUCAUUUCACCAGCCCGGGCAUAUGAACAAAUCAUGUAUUUAACAUCAUAGUGAUUUUUUGGUCCAUUAGUCUCUAGUAAUCCCUAAAGUAUUAAAUUCUAUGUACUUUAAAAUGCACGAUGGUUCAUUAAAUAUGCUCACCACAUUUGUAUGGUUAAAUUUUGCAUACACUAAAAUUCUGAUUUUUAGAAUUUUUAAGCCUAGUAAAAGCUGAUAUUUUCGAAUACUAAGAUUUGUCACAGCAUAUAAGGAGUAUUUUGUGGUGACAUAAAAUUUGAUUUUUCAAAUAAAAACCAACAUUUAAAGUUCUAUAAAUAGACGGAGUAUCAAUUUAAAUACAUUUUGGUGCUGACAUUUUUGAUUUCUGUCAGCCCAUUAACGAGAUAUUUCAAUUUUAAGUUUAGAUAGGGGAUGAAUAACAGAGCACUAUAAAAACCCGGCUCGCCAUUCCGUCACACAAAUAAUUCUUUUAGACCAUUAUCCUUAUUUUUUUAAUGUAGAAUAAUUCAGAAACUUUCCAUUCAAAUUUCAAUUACAAUACGUCAAUAUUUUCAGAAAAAUUAUCUGAUUUAUAAUUUGCAUUAAAACAUGUCGAUUCUCAUAUAAAACCUUUUACCGACAAUUUAAAAAAUUAGAUACCUACUAUGUGAUCCAUUUAAGUGAAUGCAUUCAUUAUCUCAGAAAGUAUUAACUUUUUUCGACAUUAGUUUUAUAGAACAUUUAAGAAACAAGCAGAUUUACAAUUUUAUAUUUAUGUUAUCUUUUGUCACUCUUAUUUUUGUGGGUAAAACCACAACCUAAUUUUGAUUUUCAAAUGGUAACUUAUGUUUAAAAAACCCAUAAAUAGAUGGAGUAUAAGUUAAAAUAACUUUUGGUGUUGAAAGUUUUGAUUUCCGUCAACCCAUUGACGAAAUAUUCUAUUUUUAAGUUUUGAUCGGAGGAGAGUAGUGGAGCAUCAUUUGUGUGGUGGCACGGCGUGCGGCGUGUUAAAAAUACACCACUACUUUCCCCUGACCCAAACUUAAAACUAGAAUAUUUCUUCGACGGAUAUCAAAAGUUUCAACACCAAAAUUUAUUUUAACUUAUUCACCAUUUAUUUAUGGAAUUUUUAAUAUAAGGUUACCAUUUGAAAAUCAAAAGUAUAAAUUCCAAAAAAGUUAAUACUUUCCGAGAUAAUGAGCAGAUCCACUUAAAUGGAUUGAAUUAUUGAGAAAGAGAUCAUUUGAACUACUGUAUAGAACAAAGAAAAGAAGGCAAGAUAUAUUGUAUCCUAUACAAGAUAUCUGAUGAAAGGCUCAAGUGGAGAUUUCUUAUUGAACAUUUUAGAAGUGAGAAUUGAAGGAAAGAGGAACAUAGAAAGACAACGGAUAAAAUUUAAAAUUUCAUCAAGGAAUGGAUAUAUAUAUAUAAAUAUUAACACUUCUGAAGAAUGUGAUAGAUUGGUGGACGAUAGAGAAGAGUGGAGAAAAAUUAUUAGAAAUGCCUGAGCAACCUUCGGCCUCGAAGAAAUUAAAGACACCGAAGAAAAAGAAGAUACCUAUAUUAUAUUAUCGAAUUUCAUAAAUAUUAUAAUGUACGUAUAUUAUUUUACUUAUCGAGUAAAGCGGUCAAUCUAAUAAUGUAUGCGAUAUUUUCUCCGGUGUAUAGGGUUAACGAGCCAAUAAUUUUUUUUUUUUUUUUUCAAUAAUUCGCUGUAUAUAUUUGUAACAAUGGCCGUGGUAAAACGUACGUACCUACAGAGGACGCCAAACACGUUUAGAAUAUUAUAGAUACAUUGCACCGCACACACAUUCACCGGUCAAAAUAUUAUGGGCUUGGCAAGCUCCUCGCGCGGUUGACACACACGCGCGCGCGCGGAUAAGAGCCGGUACGCGGCGCACCGGGACGACGACGACGAUUUUGGCAUAAACCUUUAUAGGUUAUUCUCUAUAAUAAUAAUAAUAAUAAUAAUAAUAUAUAAUAAUCUUAAUACGUUAUAAUAUUAUUGUGUCUAUAAGUGCAGCAUUUAUAUAUCUGUGUAUAAGUACUUUAUUAUUAUUAUAAAUACACGUUCGCGGUUUAUACCGGGGACACCCAGUAUCGGUAUAUAUGAAUGGCCGAAAAUUUAACGUUUUUUUUUUUUUUUUUUUCCAUUAUUAUUCGAUUUUACAGUUUAGUCCUUUAUAAUAUUAUUAAUAUAUUAUAAUCGUUAAAUAUAUCUUAUAUUACAUUCGCAUACCUAUAUUCGUGUAUAAAUCGGCUGUAUUAUACAAUGUCACCUCUCGUAGCUGCAUAUAUACAUAUCCUAUACAUAUUCCGGUUUUGCGUGUAAAUUUGUAAUCGAAAUAAUAUACACUUUAGCGUAUUAUUUUUUACACUGCAUCGUAUAGUAAUAAGUAAUAUAGUACUGUAGUAGUAGCAGAGUGUGGGACGUGUGGGUAGAGAUAGCGGCCGGUGUCUGUGUGUGAAAAGAAAUGUAAAUAUAAACAAAUAAAGAACAAACGAUGGGUAUUAUUUUUUUUUUUCCCCGUAAUUUUUUUGACGUGGUUUUCGUCGUAUCUCACGAAAAGCAGCCGCGCGAUGUCCGAUUUGAUAUUAUAUGAUAUUAUGUGCGCGUUUAAACACCAUUAAGUGUGUGAUGUUGUAUAUAGAUCUCUGAAACACGAUUCUCGCCCGUUGAAAAUUGUUUUUUCUUUUAUGAUUACUCACUGCAGUGGUAUUAUACAUGACGAUGGCUUGUAUAUUAUACACAUAUUUAUAAUAUAUAUAUAUAUAUAUAUAUAUAUAUAUAUAUGUAUGUAUAUACAGUGUGAUUGCGAAAGUUGAGGGCGGGAAUAAAUGGCAAUAAUGUAAAACGAAACAAAUUACAAAAAUGACUAAUAAAUCUUUGGUCCCAAAGAACAGAGAGGGCUGAAGUCAAAAUUUUCAAAUUUCCAAAUUGCAAAAAAAUUACCGAAAAAUUAUGGAAACGAGAUAGGUAAAAAUGCCAAACAUUUAUAUAAACCCUUCUUCUUCCACGAGACCAUAUAUAUAUAUAUAAUAUACUAUAUUAUACAUAUUACGGACACAUUGCACACAUUAAGCAAUUAAUAACUACCACUACUGUUACCAGUAGCGUGCUCAAGGAGGCUAAGGGGGCUUCAUCGCCGUGUUGAACGUGUUAAAAUACAAUAGCGGUAAAAAUGUAUUUUUAAUAUAAAUAAUAAAGACUGUACACAUUGAUAUAUUUUGCAAACGUUGUUAUAUUAUUAGAUUUAAUUCGAUAUAUUUGGCCCCCCUCGCCCCCCUCCAAAAUUAGGAGGAAAAAAAUUAAAAAAUUAUGUAGUACGCCAUUGACUAUUACCAUUAUACUGCAAUGUCGUUGAAUUUCUGUAUAUGGAUGUGUACCAGUUACGUGUAUAUAAAAUUAUAAUUUAUAUACUCGGACGUUUCGGUGGGAACCAUCACUGCAACGUUUGAAAACGGUGGCGGAGAAAGAGUGGGAAUAUAUAUGUAGCGAAUCGAAUAAAUAAUAAAGUGAAAGAGAUAAACUCGUUAAAAAAGAAGAUAUAAACGCUUCCUGUAUUUAAUAACAAUUUUUUUUUUUUUUUAUAUACAACCCUUUUACAUAAUAAUAUUAUUUAUCGAAACGUUCUCUAGUCAUCGCCGCCGCAUUCUGACGUCCACUUUAUUUGCAGUCGAUUGACUCCUCCCGUCAGCGUACGUCCAAAUAUCUUUCGAAACGUAUCAUAUUGCAUCGUAUAUCCUCCGACCACGUAAACCUGAAAACAAAAUAAUUAAAUUGUAUUCGCCCGAUACGCGCAGCAUUUACCUAAUCGGUUGAAUAAUUCGAUAAUAUUGCAAAGCGAGAAAUAAAUAUUUUUCUUUCGUAAUGUUCUACAAGUUAAAAUGGGUACCUGCAGAUUUCGGAGAUGAUAAAACUAUUAAUCGUGUUUAGGUAGGAUCUGGUAAGUGGUAAUAGCGAACAAGGGUCAAUAAAAAAAAAAUUACACAACCAAUAAAUAUAAAAUCUACAGAGACUAUAUGGAUAAAUAGGAGAGUAGUCAACCCAUUAAUCAUUAUAUAGUUAUCUACCAUGUUCGGUAAAAAUAUGAAUAUUUUAAAUACUAUUAAAUAUUUAAAACCCGAAUAACACAUAAUAAUAUAAAAUACGGUAUUUCGCGUGUAAAUAACUUAGUUUUAACAUCACGACCAUAAAUAAUAAAGAAAUGUACGAACCUUACCAUUAAUAUUAUGUGCUCGCAGAGAGAGCAAUUUACCAUAAGGUAACAGUGAUUAUUGAAAUAUGGUUAUCAGUAAUAAAUUUCAAUAGAAAUACAUAAAUUUGAUCACAGAUACUUUUUAUUAAACCACCAAAUUUUUAUUUUAUACCUUAGAAUUCAUAUGAAUGUAUUGUUACAGAAUUAUUAAAAUUAAAAAAAAAAAAAUUGCAAACGAUUUUCUCAAAAUAUGUUCACUGUGGUUCACCAUCAAAAUCCAAUAAAGAUUUAUCAUUUCAUUUGUGAAUAAUUGUGUUUAUUAUUUAAAAACAAACCACAAUAAUUUGUAUAUGAUAAAUGACUACCUAUGUAAUUAAUACAAUUAAUGUGAUUAAAUUAUUAAUAAUAUUAUUUUUUUUUUUUAUUAUUAUUAUUAUUUUAGAACAAUAUUAUCAACUCAUAAUAACCAUACCUACAGUAACCACUGAAAACCACUAUGAUAUAUAGAGCUCCGUAAUUAAUUUCCCGUUUUGGUUAUUAAUGGCAUCGUUUCAUAAUCUCGGUAUUUCAUCUCGAGCGUUCGCAGAUAUUCAUAACCAAAAUACGCCAGAUAAUAUGACCAAAAUAUAGUGUCCACCCGAAACGUAUUAACCGCCUUUCAAAUAUUAAUAACAAAACGCGUUUUUUUUUUCACCGUCUCUCUCUAAUCAUUAAUUCAAAAGCGUUGCAUUAUAAGUACCUAACAUUCUAUAACAACAAUAGUAAAAGCAAAUAUUACGAACUUAUGGUCAAUAUUUUUACAUACACCCACUCAUAAGCGGUACUAUAACGGAAGGAGAAGAAUAUUCGGCCGCUACGCCUGCAGAUUCUCGGUUCCCCUAUAAGCCCUUGUCAGAGCUUAAACCUACAAAAAUCGAACCAAGUAGACCGUACUACAAUAAAUUGACUAAAACUGGUUCAAACCGAUCAUCGCCACCAUAUGGAUUGCUGAAUUAAAAUAUUUGUUCGUUCGCCAUCCAUGGACGUCUAUAUCGUACCGCCUAUACGAGUCCUACCUACAUUUGCUGACAUCGAAUUCCUCGUUAAUUCUAUAUACCUCCAUACACGUACGUAAAUCGAUUGACGAUACACAUUUUGCUUUCGUGGAACCAAAUAAACAUAAUAAUAUGCAAAUCAUUUAAUAUUAUGUUAUUAUAAUGACCGCGAGACACUGCGGGUUAAAAUACUAUUAAAACACGUAUUAUUAUACAGAGUGAUACGUUUAUACGAACCGACGAAGGAUUUUAAGUUAAUUUGAUUUCUGUUUUGUUUUUUUGUUUUUUUUUUUUUUGUUUUUUUUCAGUCAUUAUGGACAAAUUAUUUAAGCUUUGUUUUAAUACUAUUUUCAAUUGUUUAUCUCUACUCAUUAUAUGAAUGUAUAUUUUGGUUUUUCAAAUGUCGACCUUCCCCUUAUAAACGAAAUUGCGAAUAGAUAAUAUUUCCGAGAUAUGUUUACGUAACACUAUUAUAAUAUUUGCCGUUUAUGAGUUCAAGCAGUUGAACAUUUACCGUCUAAAAUUGGAUACAAAGUUUACCACUCCUCUAGUGUACACUUUAAACUGUAUUACAACUCAUAAACGGUAAAUCCGACAUUAGUAUUGUGCAUAUCGACAUUUUUAGAGAAAUAGUCUCUAUUCGAAUCUGUAUUCCAAAAGGAGCGAGUGGGCUGCUGUUUGAAAAUCCAAACUCACCAUCAAUUUUCCGACAAAACCGCUGGAUCGCGAUAAAAUGUAUCACCCUGUAUGUACCUACACGACCGACCAAGGAACCUGAUUUAGUUUGUUGAACACGAUAUUAUUAUUAUUAUUUCGCUACAGAUCCGAAGCCGUGAAUUUCGUCUAGAUUAUUAUAUCCAUUUUUUUUUUACCAGAUAAUCAUAUUUUCAUAUUUGUACGUAUUAUACUUAUAUAAUAAUAUUCAAAUAUAGUUGUGUUCAUUAAUACCCUAGGACGGGUUUCGUUAUUAUACAGAUCAGUAUCGUGUUAUAUUUCGAGACGGCGAUAGAAUUAUUGUCGCUAACUACAAUUUGUCCGAAACUUGAAAUUCAAUAAGUAUAAUCGUAUAUAUGGUAGGUAUAAUUUAACAAUGAAUUUAAGUCAGUGUACUUAAAGGAUGAGCGAUUUGAUACCUCGAAACCUUCGUUACUUGUGACAUUAUCGAAUAUCGAAAUCUGUGUAAUUCUUGGUAUCGGUUUAUCUUAAAAUGGUCAGUGAUAACGUGAUUAUGGUGGUUAAACAGUUUGGUGUUGAAUAAAUUAUCGUUUUUAUUGUAUUAUGCGUUUUAAAGUACCUACUUCGUUAAAUAAUUUCAAAAAUCCUUCCUUAGUGGAUGUCUGUGGCAUAAAAUGUAUCGACUGUGAAAAUGUCAUGUUUCUAACCACAACGGUUUAAAAUGUGCGUCAGUCGGGACACAAAGUCGUGAAUAUAUUAAUGUAUAUUUUAUAUAGAGACAAUGUUAAUAUUUGUGUUGUAUUUUGUUUUCAAAGACAUCGAAAAUCGAGUAUCCAAUACCAAAGUUUUCGUUUCGCCCAUCUAUAGUACUGAAUGUAUUUUAAAGCACUUAACGAGUAGAUUUUUUUUUUUUUUUUUAGAUUAAAACGUAACUACCCAUAAUUUUUAUAUUGACUUGAUAAUGAAUCCACGAGAGGUCGUGUUAGAAAUUUAAAAAAAAACGAACGAAACAACGUUGCUACACUUUAAAUGUGUAUUUGUUUUUUUGUUUUGUUUUUUUUGUUUUUUUUUUUUUUUAAUUCUCCGAGUAUUGACCUAUUCGCACGGCGGCGGUUUGUUAGUUUUAACUUUCACGGCCAUUAAUCCCCUAUACUUAUAUCUAUGACUCGUGCCCGUGUCGUGUUCCUGUCAAAUAUAUUAUAAUAUACAAACGUAGUUUUUUUUUUUUUUUUUUAUACGUAUAGGUAACACAAAAGAAAACUGAACAUUUCUCCGAUUACAAUAAAAAUAUAUGUGUAUAUAUAUAUAUGUAUUAGGCGUAUUUUACCAAUAAUAUUUUAUUUACGUACAUAAAUUUGUAUGCGCGUUGUUUAUAAACGAAAAUAAUAUAUAAUUUACGAACAUCAUAAACCAAUAUAAUAUUCAAAAGACUCGUCGUUGUAAAUUAUUUAUUCAUAACAACAUAAUAUACAGGGUGUCCCACGGAGUUCUGACAAAUGCAAUAAUUUUUAUUACACGUUAAAUAUUUCUUUUAAGUUGUAAUUUUAAUUUUUGUAAUGUAUCGUAAAAAGAACUGCGAUAUAUUAACAAAAUUUCGGUUCGUUAUUUCCUACGGAGUUCUGAUAAUUACAAUAACUUUUAUUAAGUAUAUGUUCAAUAUUUUUAAAUUUGUUUUUUUUUUUUUUUUUUGUAAUAAUUAGUAUUUGUUCAUGUUUUAUGAUUUUAUGAUUCGUACUUAUAUACGUCAAUACCCAGUAUAAUAACUUAAAUAUAACAAAUGAAUAUUUAUAAUAAUAUCACUAUGAGUAUUUUUUCAUGAAAAAGUGGUGAACCAAUUGUAUUUUAGUUAUUAUUUAGUAGUAUAAAUAAAAAAAAAAAAUGUAAUUUUUGUAAACUUCAAAAAAAUUUAGAAUAAUUAACCACACAUAAUUAGAAAGAUGUUUCAUUGCAGCAAUGUAUUGUUUCAAAAUAAAUAUAUUAAAUGGCUGCCUUUUAUUUUAGAUUCCGAACGUAGCCAGGGAGCUAUUGGUUUUAAUAAGAUGUUUAUUUUAUUUUAUUUUUUUAUUCUAGUCUGUGGACACGGUUUUCCCUUGUAAAAUACGCGAUUUGUCCACUCCACACCCUAAAAUCCGCAAAGUUACGCCAGUCACGCCACCGAAAUAACGGAUAAAAUAUACACUUAAACGACAGCCCUCAAAGGCGCCGCGCGUUUGAUAUCCCAGCGUCUCUCCUAUCUUAUCUUCUAAGACCACGAUCGCAUUACUGUACUUUUGGCGUUUAGGUGGUCGUAUUUUUUUUUUCUCGACAGCGAGACCUCGAACACGAGUAAAACACGCGGGUCCUAGUCCGCCCGCUUUCCCUCCCACACACACACACACACACACACGCCCAUCCAUCCCCUAGCGACAGCCAAGGAACAGCAGGCGUGUUAAAACACCCUGUAGACGUUCGUAUCACGGUGACGUACAUCGAACGAUAUCCGCGUGUAUCGCGAUCGAAAUUAUUACACGCGCGCCCAAUCGUAAUUAAUCCGGACCCGGUCGUUGUUAAUACGCGUGAUGGCAUAAUAUCGGUGCACAGAUAGUGGUACCGGUGCGGCGGAACGCUGUUACGCUGCGGCCGCGGACCGCGAACAGUUCGCGGUCGUUUAAAAUAAAAAUCUCGCCCCGGGGGCAAAUCGUCAACCCCGUUGUGCUUAUCGCGCCGCGGCGUUACCAGCAGGACGGUGGCGCGCGCGCACGCCGAAAGAAACGCACGUCGGUCGCCGCCGCCGUCUCGUUCCGACCGUGUAUAAUAAUAAAUACGUGUACGCGUAUGCGCGCGACCUUGGGACGAUAAUGAAAUUUUGGACGUACCGUAAACCCGACAACCUUGAGCGGUUGCUCGACUGGUUGAUCUCGGUAAUACGGUAUACGUGCAUACGCGCGCAUGUAUGCGUACGGGUGCGGCGCGCGCGGGGACGCGUGCGGUACGAAGGGGAUCGGACAACUUUUGCCAUUAUAUCGCGUUGCGUGUGAUGUACGCGCGUACACGAAAAAACGAAUCGAAGUAAAACAAUAAUAAUAAUAAAGGUUUCUUGAGUGCGAUUGUUGCCGGUCACGAUUGCUCUGCCGCAGCGCCGACGCGUACCGCCAUUUGCGUGCGCGUCGUACGCGCACGGCUGUCGAGCCGCGUGAGCAAUCUCGAGGCGAUUAGAGGCGUCGCGUGCACGCGCGCGCGAGAAGCAGAAAAAGAAGAAUCCGCGUCCCCGUCGUUCGCGCGCGCGUGUAGAUACGUCUUUCUGUUUUAAUUACCGACCGCGUAAUCGUUUGUUCGUUAUGCUCGCCGCCGCCGCCGCCGCCGCCGCCGCAGCUACUGCUGUACAAGAUUUUUUAUUUUUUUUGCCGAUCGGAAACCCUACGGUGUGACGGCAUCGUCUACAUACGCGUGCACACCGAUCUUCCGAAUCGUAUGCACGGCGCGACAGUGUAGAUUCCACUGCGAAAUGCGUAUUUGCAUUUUUAGUAAAACGUCUACGUGAAAACUAUUCGGAACACGCCUAUACACUUAUUUACUCGUUCUGUAAUUACGAAUCCGGCGUUAUUUACAAUAGUGAAAAAAAUCGGAAACUUAAAGGGGGGGGGGGUUUGAAAUUCCAAAGACCGCUCUCUUCCGGUAUUUGACCGUAAGGUCGGUGUUCGCAGUUUUCCGUAUCCUCUCCGCUCUGUUCUAUCAUCAGCUAACCUCUUCAGUUCACAAUAGUCUGUCAGUGCCGCGUCGGAAAUCACCUUUUCGAUAUAUAUGUUGUUUUUGGUCGUCCUCGGUCUCUUUUGCCAUUCGUUCUCCGGUCUGUUAUAGCCUGUUAUCUAUAAUAUAUGACAUACUCGCCGUAUGUAUAAAAUAGCAUGGCCCGGCCGAUUCGUCAUCGCACAGCUCAAACCGCGGGACGGAUCGAGCUGAAAUUCGGCGCAAGCAAUAGCUAUUGUGAUUUAGGCAUCCGCCUAAGAACAUACUUUUGAAAAAUCAACCACUAAUAUGGCGAAAUAGGGUUUUUUGCGUAUUUUUAGUACAAGUAUCCAAUUGUUUUUUUCGGAACGCGUCCAAUAUGAUCAUAUUCCACCUCAUAACUCGAGUUAUGAGUAUCUGAGUGUCUCUUUGGCUGGUUUCAUUUACUUCGCUUAGUACGCUGUAGUUCGUUCGCCAUUUUUUCCGACUAAUUCACAUCGUUCGUCUUCAAAACCGCACGUCGAAACUUUCAACAAAAUUCUGGUCCGACUUAUGAAUUUCACACCCAUAAUUAGUGCCAUAUUCCAAACGUAUACUUUAAUUAGACGUUUCUUUCACCACCGUACUUAAAUUAUUAGAAAACAAUAAGAUUAAAUAUUAUAACAUUUUGAUUGUUUGACUGUUUUUGUUACAGAACUAAUCACUUGGGGCAGAAAAAUGGGCAAACGGCUGGAGGUUUUUCGGAGGAGCGAGUCCCGCGAUUCUCUGGACAGCCUUUCGUCCAGGGACAGCGUGACCUGCAAACAACCGGUGUGGCCACUAGGUCAACCGUCGUCCUGCAACGAGAACAAGUCAUCAACGCUGAAAGGGUUUUUCACGCGCAUCGGGUCCACCGGCAUGCUGAGCUAUUCGCGCCUGUACAGCAACAGUUUCCGGGAAAAGUUGCAACAGUCCAGCCGGAUGCAGAACGGCGAUUGUCAGCUGUACAGGAGCGUGUCCACUUCCCACUUGGCAACGUCGUACAUGAAAGGAGACGAUCCCGCUGACUGUUUGGACCCCGGCGGGGAACCGCGGGUCCUGAUGCACUGCGACACCGAGGACUGCGCCGACGCGAAAUCCCCCACCGAACCCGGUUACGUGCCCCUGAAAACCCGGAGCUGUGACAACAUUUCGAAGUUGGGUACUUCGAAAAAACCAAACUUCCCGUACGCGUUCCUCAGGUCCAGGUUGUCCGUGUUGCCGGAAGAAAACGGCGGAGGCGGCGCUAUUAGCCACCAUCAUUUGCAUCAGGCGAGGGCCAGCGUAAAACAGAACAGGAACAGUAUCGGUGGUACCGCCCACCACGAAAUAGUAGUCACCGAAGAGCUGUUCAAAGAAAUGGACAACGACGACCGGGAAUACCGACGCGUGUUCAGCAACCUGAGCUCGUCCAACGAAUCGGGAUACGACAGCGACGGGCCCAGGACGAUGGACACGUACCACCAUCACCACCAUCACCGAAAAGCCUGCACUGACGAGGACAGCGGAUUCGGGGACACCAAAUCGCUGGCCACGGACAGUCUGAACGAGUUCGAACAGGAACAACCGGAGCCCGCGUCACCCAGACGGCACAGCGACAAAGACUACAACGUACCGUCCAUGUGCCUGUUUUACAAGAAAAACCGCGAGAUCAACGAUCGCAUAAGGUCGGACAGACAACAGUCGAAACAGGAGACGCCGAAUUUCCAUCGUCGCAUGUUCGUCAAGAACCGUUCGCCGCCGCCGUGCGCCGACCUGUCGUCGUUGCCGGCCGACCUCAACGAUUUGCGGUGUCGCAUGCAAAUAGUCCGGUUGCUUAAAGCCCAAUACGAAGACGACAUCGGCAUCUAUUUGAAAAUGGCCGUCAAGCACGUGGCUGACUACAACGAGACCCGGUUCGUCGUGAUGAAACUAGAGCCCGGCAAAAUAGCGUAUAGGUAAAUUUAUAUUGUAAAUAGUUCGAUUGUACUCUAGACGGAUUGCCCGGCGUUUCCCGUAACCGUCCCGCCACCGUUCGUUCGUGAACAACUGCUCCUACCUCGCGGUAUCACUUUGCGGACCGAUAAUAAUAGAAUAGCAUGUAAACAAACGCGCGAAUAACCUAACAAAUAAUAACCACGUGUUUUCCGCAGGGACGGCAGAAUUAAAAUCAACGACGAGAUAAUCAACGUCAACGGGAAGCUGUUGCGGGGCAUUACCGACAUGUACGAAGUGGAGAAAAUACUGAAACACAGUUUUUCCAUAGCCACCAAAUAUUACGUGGACAUCGUGCUGUCCAGAUCCGAACAAACGGACCCGGUCGCUGCCGCCGCCGCCACCGUCACCGCCGCGGCAGCCGGAACUCCCGACCGCAGCUACUGCGACGCGGAGGCCAAACAAAACGCGAUCUCCGUCAUCAACCGAGUUCUGGCCAACAAAAUGAACAACGGCCGUUCGUCGAAAUCCCCGACUCCGACCAUGAGCACCGUGUACAUGGCCGUGACGUUUUAUAAGGGUGCCGGUCACAAGUCGUUAGGCUUCAGCAUCGUGGGCGGGUCGGAUUCGCCAAAGGGCGAAAUGGGCAUAUUCGUCAAGACCGUUUUCACGAGCGGCCAGGCCGCCGAGAACGGUACACUACUCGAAGGUAAGCCCGCGGUAUAAAUUAUCCACGCGCACGUGCCGUACACUCAUCGUGUCCCGUAUGAAACACGGCCACGUUUUACACAUUUAAAACACCCGAACAGCCGAAUGUCCGACACCGUUGACCUGCGCGUAAAACGGCAAACGACCGGACGCGACCAAAAACGUUAAGUUCGCGGUCCGAAUGUCGUCAGUAUUGCGUAUCCGUUCGGUAAACGGCAAUUCAUUAAAAAUCGUUGGGUGAUAAAAAGCCCGACAAAUUUACGACCGCCAUCGGCAAUAUAAAUUGUUAAAUUUCCGCCGCGAAAUAUAAAACCCGUGAGUAAUUAGCCGGGGGAAAAACAAAAAAAAUUGAAAUGACUGACAUUUGACGUGCUAUUAUUUAAGCGUAUAACUCAUCUUGGCGAGAGAGAGGGGGGGGGGUGAUAUCGCGAUUUCCUAACCGCAAAUAUUCUAACGUCGAAAUAACAGUGCGAUUAUAAUAUUACGGCGGUUGAUGAUUGUGCUUUGGUUGUGUUUGCGCGGUUUGCGGACGGCGACGGCCGGCGCGCAAACGAUUCGCGUUGCGUUAAAAGACGAGAAUUUCAAAAAAUGCGUCUUCUCGGAGAUUGCCCGCGGAAAAACGUCCGAAACGUAAAGGCGGCAACGCGCCGCCAAACUGCGUUGCGAAUGUGUUCUCAAAGCGGCCGGGGAAAAGUAAGCGAACGAUCGGUUGGGGGGGGGUGGAGUGAAGGGGGAGAUGGACGGCAAGAGAAUAACGGACGCGAGGAAUUUUCGAAACCGUGAGAGCGGUCGACGACGACCCCGACAGCCGCUGCACAUUCUGCGCCCGACACGCGCCCGUAUCAUUUACAACGGCAACGACAAUGUCAAUACUCUGCGCGCGCCGUACGCGGUAGCGCGCACGGGGAAUGAGAGGCGGUCAACGGCUGUGACCGCCCCCCUCCCCCGUGCAAGAUCGGUUUAAAAACACGGCGACUGCGGUUGUUUGUUCGCGGCGGUUGUUCCCCAACAUUAAAUGCUCCGGUCUUUCGGCCAAACGCCACGGUUAGGUUAGGUGCGCUAUGCGGCGACAUAGAAAUCCGGCGUUUUCGUCGGUCUUCGAAAUUCCGCAUUGUCGUUUAGGCGAAACGGGAAGGGGAUCCAUGCGAUUCACUCGUCAAUCGUGGUCGCCGUUUACCAAACCCUUUCCCGCUGGCAAUUCCCCGGGCACGCCGGUGUAUGAUAUAUUUUUUUUUUUUUUUUUUUUAACGGCCGGGUUUGAUUUCGUGUUCGCAGGUGACGAGAUAUUGUGCGUCAACGACGAAUCCGUCAGCGGGAUGACGCACGCGCAGGCCAUAAACUGCUUCAAAAAAGUGCGUCAAGGCCCGUUGGGAAUGAAAAUAUGCCGGAGGAAGAUUAUGUCCGACGCCGCCGGCCGCAACAACAAGUAGCGCGCUGAGAGUGCCGCCGCCGUGACGUUGUCGGCCGCGGUCACGGGAAUCGAAACAAUUACGCGCCGCCCCACCGAAGAACCGAAAAUUAACCUAAAAUAACAAUUUAUAAUUCCGUUUGUUUGUCAUUGUUCUUUCGCUCGUAUGUUUUUCCCGCGCGCCGACGACGGCGCUAGAGGACGCCUCGCGCGCCUUUGCCGUCUCGGUCUGAUCGACGCACACCAGCGUAGCGGAAUCCCGUUACGCGGAAACGUAAUACGCGCCGUUCGGAUUGAAAUUGGUGUCGAAACGCAGACAGGAGGACAUUUCCGAGGGUGCGCGGCAUUUUUUCUGUUGAAAAAAAAAAAAAACAAAAACAACCGACACGGCUGUUGUAACUAAUCGUCGUAGAAAAAAAACAUACGCGCAGCCCUCGAAAACGUUCUCGUCUUCACACGUUUACGUUCAAAACUGCAAUAUUUCAAUCUCCGGAGUCCCGCCGCGCCGACCGCCGAGUUUGGGCAGAGACGGCCCGUGCGCGCGCGACGUCCC